AUGGUCGCGGUGUAAAAGGGCUUUAAAAAGUCUAAAUAAAAAUUCCAAAGACAUUUUUAACGUACCCAAGCCGGGCAUUACAAAACAAAGAUUUUUCGCAAGCGCCAUGGGAAUGUGCAAAAAAGGGGAGCUUGAUAAAAGGCAAAACGGAUUUUUUUCCCCAACCCCCCCACGGGGGGAAAAAGCCGGAUUAGUGAGGUAAAACGGGGGCCAACACAGAGAAAGGGAGACGAAACAGGGGAACCAGUGAAAGGAGGGAGGGUUUAAGAUUAUUUUCACCCGAGGCGCCCAAAUGGCCCUAUUUUCCAAAAAGCACAUACCCCAGGCCUUUGGGGAAAAGUGCCUCAUAGAAAAGGGUGCCAUCAGGGGUUCCUAUGACCAAUUCGAUCAGGCCAAGUUUUGGCACCCACCACCAACCUAAAUUUUCAUUUUAAUCCUUUUAAAUUUUUUUGUUUGUUUGCCUCCCGGGGUGCCAGAUGGCCCGCUGGCAGGGGGGACUAUCAGGGGCCCAUUUAAACAGGGAGCUCAAACAAACACAGAAAAGCGUUUUUAAAGACAAAAAUUUUUCAAAACCCGGGCUGCUACAAAACAGCACAGACACAGCAGGCACUGUUGCUGGGAAAGUAAUUUAGUUCCUUUUUGCGCCGAAGACAAUCCCCAGUUUGGGGGGCACCCCCAAAGGCACCAUCCCAUAUAUGCACCUUUUUGACCAGGGUCCCCAUGGGGGGGUUUUGGUCAAGGGGCACUAUUUUGGGAAAAUGGUGGGGCCCUUUUUAAAACGCCUUUUGGUUUUCCCGGGUUUUUGGGGAUGAUCGUUUUUGCCAAAGACCCGGGCCCUAAAGGGAAGGGGUAGGAACCCUUUCCCCCAACCUAGUCCCCCCCGGCCACGCCUCCCGGGGUUUCUCCCCAAUUGCUACUGGCGGGAAAAUUGGGUUUCUUUUUCCCCCCAAACCCCGGUUUUCCCCGAAAUGGUUGGGGGAAUCCGGAUUUUUCUGCUUACCCCCCGAUUCAGAAUCUUUUAAAACCGGGUUUUUUGGGGAAAAACCGGGGAAAUUUUGGGGAAAAAUUUUUUGCAAACCCCAAUCAAAACACUGGGGCCUAAGCGGAGGGGGGGGGGGGAAUUUGGGGAAUUUUGUUGUUUUCUCUUUUUCUUCUUUCCAGUGGGCGGGGGAAGGUGAAGGGGACCCCGGGAAACCCUCCCCCCCCCCCCGGACGGGGGGUUCACGUCCGGUGUAGGGGAAAUGUGUCGGUCGUACGGGAAACCAAAAAUCCGAAAACUCAAAUUUACCUCCAAAACAAAUUUAGUAAAACCCCGACCUAAAAAACCUUACCAGUCUAACCCUAACCGAUACCAUGACACUGACCCAGUUCUUUCUGCCCCUUGGGGUAUUCAAUCAAACGGUUUUCCCCGAGGGCCAGGAUAAACAAAACACCACUUCACCCCCAAUAAGCGGACAUGUUAAAUUUAUAUAAAUAUGGACUUAAGUUUUAAAAUUUAAAGGGGGGUUUUUAUCCACAACCCGAUAUGGCCAACACCUAAAAAGUUUUAUGCCUCCAGUAGGGGUGAAUAUUUUCCGACAUUGUAAAAACGAAAACGUUCCUUAAAAACCAAUUUUCUCUUCUUAUAAGGUUUUUGUUUCAAAAAUCUCUGCCCGUAGUGCGUACGUAGCUCCACUACACACACUCAUUAGUUUGAUUUUCCGAGCCCCCAGACCAUUACAAAGGGCCCUGGAUUUUUAACCUAGUAAAAGAAGGAGUAGGGGGGACAGGGGGUAACCACCAGAGAAAGGGAUAGGGGGGAACGGGAGGGAAAACCCAAAAGGGGUAGGGGGACGGGAGGAAAAAACUCAAGAAGGAGGGGUUGGGGGAAGGGGGGUAAACACCAAGAAGGAGGAUUGGGAGACGGGGGGGGAAACACUCAAAAGGGGGAGUUGGGAACAGGGUAAAACCGAAAAGGGGGUAGGGAACAGGGGGGAAACACUCAGAAGGAGAUAGGGAGACGGGAGGGAAAAACUUUAGAGAGGGGAGUGGGAGACGGGGGGAAACCUCAGAAAAGGUGGGGGACAGGGGGUAAACACUCAAGGAGGGGGGGGGGUAAACCUCGAGAAAAAGGGGAGUAGGGGAAACAGGGGGAAAACCCCAAAAAAGGAGGAUAGGGGGGCAGGGGGGGUAAAAAACCAGAGAAGGAGGGUAGGGGACAGGUGGAAACCUCCAGGAAUAGGGGGACAGGGGGGGAAAAACUCGAGAAGGAGGGGUAGGAACAAGGGGGGAAAACCUCAGAAAGGGGGAUAGGGAGCGGGGGUAAACACCCGAAAGAGGAGUAGGGACAGGUGGGAAACCCAAAAGGGGGGUAGGAACAGGGAGGUAAACCCAAAAAGAGGAGUAGGGAGACGGGGGGUAAACCUAAAGGAGGGAGGGGAAAAGGGGGGUAAAACCCCUCACGGGGGAGUAGGGGGGCGGGGGGGAAAACUCAAGAGGGGGAGUGGGGGACGGGGGGUAAAAACAGAGAGGGGAUAGGGAGACGGGUGGGAAAAGUCGAGAAGGAGAGAGGGGACGGGGGGGUAAAAACCCCAGAGAAGGAGGAGUAGGGAGAAAAGGGGGGUAAAAAAUCAAGAAGAGGGGUAGGAGACAGGGGGGUAAACCUCAAAAAGGGGAAUAGGGAACAGGGGGGUUUUAAAAGCUCAAGAAAGGGGAGUGGGGGGCCGGGUGGUAACCUCAGAGAAGGGGGGAGUGGGAGCGGGUGGUAACCUCAGCAGGAGGGGGUGGGAGACAGGGGGUAAAAACCCCAAAAGGGGUAGGAAAAAGGGGGGGGAAAAACUCAGCAGAAAAUUUAACGGGGGGUAAACGCUAAGAAGGGGAGUAGGGAGACUUAAAACCUCAGAAAGGAGGGGUAGGGACAGGGGGGUAAACACUCAGAAAAAGGGUAGGGAGCAGGGGGGUAAACCUCAGAGAAGGAGGGAAAGGGGAAAAGGUGUAAACACUCAUAGAAGGAAUAGGAGACAGGGGGGGUAAAAAACCCCUCAGAGAAGGAGGGUAGGGGACAGGGGGGGAAAAACUCAGCGAGGAGUGGGAACGGGGGUAAAAACUCAAAAGGAGGGGUAGGGAAACGGGGGGGAAACACUCACAGGGGGAGUAGGGAAAGGGGGUAACGUAAGAAGGGGGUAGGGAAAAGGAUGGGAAAAACCCAAGGGAGGAUAGGGAACAGGGGGGUAAACCUCAAAAGGAGGGGUAGGGGGGGACGGGUGGUAAACGCUCGAAAGGAGGAGGGAGGAGACGGGGGGUAAACCUCAGAGGAGGGGUAGGGAAAGGGGGUAAAAACACUCGAGAAGGAGGGGUAAGGGGGGACAGGGGGAAAAACUCAAAAGGGGGGGGGAGGGGAAAAGGGGUAAAACCUCAAGGGUAGGGGAAAAGGGUGGAAACACUCGAGAAGGGGAGUAGGGAGACAGGGGGGGGAAACCCCAGAAGGAGGGGUAGGGGAACGGGGGGGUCACUCAAAAGGGAGGGGUAGGGAAAAGGGAGGGAAACCUCAAGAAGGAGGGUAGGGAACAGGGGGGUAACCUCAGAGAAGGGGAUAGGGGGAAAAAGGGUGGUAAACACCAAGAAGGAGGAUGGAACAGGGGGGAAAAAAUAAAAGGAGGAUAGGAACAGGGGGGAACCCAAGGAAAAGGAGUAGGAGCGGGGGGAAACCCCAGAGAAGGAGAGUGGGAGAAAAGGAGGUAAAACCCCAGAGAAGGGAUAGGAACAGGUUGUAAACCCCAAAAGAGAGUAGGGAAACAGGGGGGAAACCCCCUAGGAGUAGGGGGGCAGGGGGGGGAAAAACCAGAAAGGAGGAUAGGAGACAGGGGUUAAAAACUCAAGAAGGAGGAGUGGGAGACAGGUGGGAAACCUCAGAGAAAGGGGAGUAGGGAACAGGGUGGUAACACUAAGAAGGGGAGUAGGGGGACAGGGGGGUAAACCCCAGAGAAAAUAGGGAGACGGGGUUUAAACUCAGGAAGGGGGAGUAGGGAGACGGGAGGUAAACGCUCAGAAAGGGGGAGGGGGACAGGGGGUAAAAAAACUCAAGAAGGAGGGGUAGGGAACAGGGGGGUAAAAACCCCACAGGGGGAUAGGGAACAGGGGGUAAACACUCGAGAAAGGGGAGUAGGGAAACAGGGGGGGAAACCUCAGCGGGGGAUAGGAACAGGGGGGUAAAAGCUCAGAGGAGAGAGGGGACAGGAUGGGAAAAACCUCAGAGAGAGGGGUAGGGGACAGGUGGUAAAAACCUCGAGAAGGGGGAUAGGGAGACGGGGGGUAAACGCUAAAGGGGGAGAGGGAGACGGGGGGGAAAAAACCCCAAAAGGAGGGGUAGGGAAACAGGGUGGGGAAAAACCAAAAAGAGUAGGGGAACCGGGUGGGAAACCUCGCAGGAGGAGUAGGGGGGGCAGGGGGUAAACAAACCCAAAAAGGAGAGUAGGGAAAAGGGGGGGAAACACCACAGGAGGGUAGGGGGACGGGGGUAAAACCCCAAAAGGGGGAGUAGGAGACAGGAUGGUAAACAUCAAGAAAGGAGUAGGGAGAAGGGUGGUAAAAAAACCCGAAAAGGAGGAGUAGGGAACGGGGGGGAAACCCUCAGAGAGAGGAGUAGGGAGACGGUGGGAAAAACUCAAGAAGGGGGAAAUAGGGAAGGGGGUAAAAAACUCAAGAAGGAGAUAGGGAGACAGGGGUAAACACCAGAGAGGGGGAUAGGGGCAGGGGUGGAAAAACCACGGGGGAAAGGGGGAAAAGGGGUAAACCCCUCAAGAAGGGGGGACAGGUUGGAAACACUCCAAAAGGAGAGUAGGAGAAAAGGGGGGAAACACCACGGAUAGGGAACGGGGGAAAAACCCCAAGAGGAGGGGUGGGGGGCGGGGGUAAAACCCUCACAGGGGAGUGGGAACGGGGGUAAACAUCAAGAAGGGAAGAAGGGGGAAAAGGGGUAAAACACUCACAGGGGGAAUGGGGGACAGGGGAAAAAAUCAAGAAGGGGAUGGAACGGAUGGGAAACACUCAAAAGGUGGAGUAGGAGCGGGGGGUAAACCUCAAAAAGAGGGGUAGCGAGACAGGAGGUAAAAACCCCGAGAAGGGAGUAGAGACAAGGGGGAAACCCCCAGAAGGGGGAUAGGGAACUGGGGUAAAAACCCCAGGAAGGAGGAUAGGGAGACGGGAGGUAAAAACCCCAAGAAGGAGGGGUAGGGAGACAGGGUGGUAAACCCCAGAGGGGAGGAGUAAGGGAAAGGGGGUAAAAGCUCAGAGAAAGGAGUAGGAGAAGGGGGGGAAACACUCAGAAAGGGGGGAUAGGGAACGGGAGUAAACACUCAAAAGGAGAGUAGGGGGACAGGGGUAACCUCAGAAGGGGGGUAGGAGACAGGGGGGUAAACCUCAGAAAGGAGGAAGGGGACGGGUGGUAAAAAACUCACAGGAGGAGGAGUAGGGGACAGGGGGGUAAAACACUCAGAGAAGGAGGAGUAGGGAGACAGGGGGGUAAACACUCAGAGAAGAGGAGUAGGGAGACAGGGGGGUAAACACUCAGAGAAGGAGGAGUAGGGAGACAGGGGGUAAACACUCAGAGAAGGAGGAGUAGGGGACAGGGGGGUAAACACUCAGAGAAGGAGGAGUAGGGAGACAGGGUGGUAAACACUCAGAGAAGGAGGAGUAGGGAGACAGGGGUAACACUCAGAGAAGGAGGAGUAGGGAGACAGGGUGGUAAACACUCAGAGAAGAGAGUAGGGAGACAGGGUGGUAAACACUCAGAGAAGGAGGAGUAGGGAGACAGGGUGGUAAACACUCAGAGAAGGAGGAGUAGGGAGACAGGGGGUAAACACUCAGAGAGAGGAGGAGUAGAGUGGACAGGGUGGUAAACACUCAAGAAGAGGAGUAGGGGACAGGGUGGUAAACACUCAGAGAAGGAGGAGUAGGGGACAGGGUGGUAACACUCAGAGAAGGAGGAGUAGGGAACAGGGGGUAAACACUCAGAGAAGGAGAGUAGGGAGACAGGGUGUAAACCUCAGAGAAGGAGGAGUAGGGAGACAGGGUGGUAAACACUCAGAGAAGGAGUAGGGAGACAGGGUGUAAACACUCAGAGAGGAGAGUAGGGAGACAGGGGGUAAACACUCAGAGAAGGAGGAGUAGGGAGACAGGUGGUAAACACUCAGAGGAGUAGGGAGACAGGGUGGUAAACCUCAGAGAAGGAGGAGUAGGAGACAGGGGGUAAACACUCAGAGAGGAGAGUAGGGAGACAGGGGGUAACACUCAGAGAGGAGGAUAGGGAGACAGGGGGUAAACACUCAAGAGGAGGAGUAGGGAGACAGGGGGUAAACACUCAGAGAAGGAGGAGUAGGGAGACAGGGGUAACACUCAGAGAAGGAGGAGUAGGAGACAGGUGGUAAACACUCAGAAGGAGGAUAGGGACAGGGUGGUAAACACUCAAAAGGGGGAGUAGGGGGACAGGGGGGUAAAAACCUCAAGAAGGGAGAGGGGCAGGGGGAAAAAAAGAGAAGGAGGGGAGGGGAAAAGGGGGAAACACCAAAAGGAGAAGGGAGGGGGGGAAACAUCGCAAGGGAAAGGGAGCGGGGGAAACCCCCGAGAAGGGGGAAGGGGGCAGGGGGGAAACACCAGGAAGGGGAGAGGGGGAGGGGGGAAACGCCAAAAAGGGAGUAAAAAAGAACUAUACUAUCAUACUAUAAUCAUACAUACUACCCCUACUAUACUUUUAAUAAACACUAACUAUCAUACUAUACAUGCAACAAUACUAUACUAUUAUACUAUAAUAUAUGCUAUACAACAUCAUGCUAUACUAUCAACUAACUAAUACUAUCAACUAUACUAUCAUACAUCAUAAAACUAUACUACCCUACUACAAUCAUACUAACUAUACAUCAUAUACUAACAUCAUACUAUCAUAUCAUACUAUACAACUAUCAUAACUAUACUAUCAUACAUACUAUCCAUACUAUAAUAUCAUACUAUACUAUCAUAGCAUACUAUCAUACUGUAGCAAUAUGUAUGCUAAUGUGCAUUUAUUUUACCCCCAAAAGUUCUUUCCGUUAUCUUGCAGCUACGGCCUGCUGGGUCGAGUGGGGUGUGGGAAGACCACACUGUUGAAAUGUAUUGUGGGAACACUGAAGAUCUCCGAGGGCACCCUCAGCGUGUUUGGGGGAAACCACCCGCAUUCCUGGUCACCAGGUCCCUGGGAGGAUGGUGGGGGGUACAUGCCAAGGUAAACUGUACCCUUUUAGGAACACCCACAUACCACAGGUAAAAUGUUAACCCUAUAGGAAGACUACAUACCACAGGUAAACUGUUACCUUAUAGGAAACACAUACCACACAGGUAAACUGUUACCUUAUAGGAAAAACUACAUACCACAGGUAAACUGGUUACCUUAUAGGAACCUACAUACCACAGGUAAACUGUUACCUUAUAGGAAGACUACAUACCACAGGGAAACUGUUACCUUAUAGGAACACCUACAUACCACAGGUAAACUGUUACCUUAUAGGAAACCCCUACAUACCACAGGUAAACUGUUACCUAUAGGAACACUACACCACAGGAAACUGUUACCUUAAGGAAAAACUACAUACCCCAGGUAAACUGUUACCUUUGGGAACAAAUACAUACCACAGGUAAACUGUUUACCUUAUGGGAACACUACAUACCACAGGAAACUGUUUCCUUUUAGGAACACUACAUACCACGUAAACUGUUACCUUAUAGGAAACACUACAUACCACAGGUAAAUGUUACCUUAUAGGAAGACUACAUACCACAGGUAAACUGUUACCUUAUAGGAACACUACAUACCACAGGUAAACUGUUACCUUAUAGGAACACUACAUACCACAGGUAAACUGUUACCUUAUGGAACACUACAUACCACAAAGGGAAACUGUUACCUUAUAGGGAAAACUACAUACCACAGGGAAACUGUUACCCUUUUAGGAACACUACAUACCAAAAGGUAAACUGUUACCUUAUAGGAACACUACAUUUCCACAGGGAAACUGUUUCCUUAUAGGAACACACAUACCCCCAGGUAAACUGUUACCUUAUAGGAACACUACAUACCCACAGGUAAACUGUUACCUUAUGGGAACACACAUACCACAGGUAACUGUACCUUAUGGGAACACUACAUACCACAGGUAACUGUUACCUUAUAGGAACACUACAACCACAGGUAAAAUGUUACCUUAUAGGAACACUACAUACCACAGGUAAAACUGUUACCUUAUAGGAAGACUACAUACCCACAGGGAAACUGUUACCUUAUAGGAACACUACAUACCACAGGUAACUGUUACCUUAUAGGAACACUACAUACCACAGUAAACUUUACCUUAUAGGAACAUUACAUACCACAGGUAAACUGUUACCUUAUAGGAACACUACAUACCACAGGUAAACUGUUACCUUAUAGGAACCUACAUACCACAGGUAAACUGUUACCUUAUAGGAACACUACAUACCACAGGUAAACUGUUACCUUAUAGGAAGAAUACAUACCACAGGUAACUGUUACCUUUAUAGGAAAAACCCACAUACACAGGUAAACUGUUACCUUUUAGGAACACUACAGCCACAGGUAAACUGUUACCUUAUAGGAACAAAUAAAAUACCACAGGGAAAACUGUUACCUUAUAGGAGCACUACUACCACAGGUAAACUGUACCUAUAUAGGAACACUACAUACCACAGGUAAACUGUUAAACCCUUUUAAGGAACACUACAUACCACAGGUAAACGUUACCUUUAGGAACACUACAAAACCACAGGUAAAAUGUUACCCUUUUGGGAAAAACUACAUACCCCAGUAAACUGUUUUCCUUAUGGGAACACUACACACCACAGGUAAAAUGUUACCUUAUGGGAAACACUACAUACCCAAGGGAAACUGUUACCCUUAUAGGAACACUCAUACCCCAGGUAAACUGUUACCUUAUAGGAAGACUACUACCACAGGGAAACUGUUACCUUAUGGAACCUACAUACCACAGGUAAACUGUUACCUUAUAGGAACACUACAUACCCCAGGUAAACGUUACCUUAUAGGAACACUACAUACCACAGGUAACUGUUACCUUAUAGGAACACUACAUACCACAGGUAAACUGUUACCUUAUGGGAACACUACAUACCCAAGGGAAACUGUUACCUUUUAGGAACCCCUACAUACCACAGGUAAAAGUUACCAUUAUAGGAACACUACAUACCACAGGUAAACUGUUACCUUAUGAACACUACAUACCACAGGUAAACUGUUACCUUAUAGAACUAAUACCACGGAAAAGUUACCAUAGGAACACUACAUACCCCCCAGGUAAACUGUUACCUUAUAGGAACACUACAUCCACAGGUAAACUGUUACCCCUUUUAGGAACACUACAUACCACAGGUAAACGGUUUUCCUUAUAGGGAAAACUACAUACCACAGGUAAACUGUUACCUUAUAGGAACACUACAUAUAAAAGGUAAACUGUUACCUUAUAGGGAAAACUACAUACCACAGGUAAACUGUUACCUUAUAGGAACACUCAUGCCACAGGUAAACUGGGUUACCUUAUAGGAAACACAAUACCACAGUAAAAUUACCUUAUAGGAACACUCAAACCCCAGGUAAACUUCCUUAUAGGAAAACAUACCACAGGUAAACUGUUACCUUAUAGGAACACUACAUACCACAGGUAAACUGUUACCUUAUAGGAACAAAUACAUACCACAGGUAAACUGUUACCUUAUAGGAACACUACAUACCACAGGUAAACUGUUACCUUAUAGGAACACUACAUACCACAGGUAAAAAUGUUACCUUAUAGGAAACUACAUACCACAGGUAAACUUUACCUUAUAGGAACACUACAUAAACCCCAGGUAACUGUUACCUUAUAGGAACACACAUACCACAGGUAAACUGUUACCUUUUAGGAAACUACAUACCACAGGUAAACUGUUACCUUAUAGGGAACACUACAUACCACAGGUAAACUGUUCCUUUAUGGGAACACACAUUUAAAAGGUAAAAGUUACCUAGGGAACCUCUACAAGUAAACUGUUUUCCCUUAUAGGAAAACUACAUACCACAGGUAAACUGUUACCUUAUAGGAAAAACUACAUACCACAGGUAAAAAUGUUACCUUAUGGAAGACUACAUACCACAGGUAAACUGUUACCUUAUAGGAACACUACAUACCACAGGGAAACGUUUACCUUAUAGGAACACUAACAUACCACAGGUAAACUGUUACCUUAUAGGAACACUACAUACCCCCAGGGAAACUGUUACCUUAUAGAACUACUACCACAGGAAAGUACCUUAGGGAACACUAACCCCACAGGUAAACUGUUACCUUAUGGGAACACUACAUACCACAGGGAAACUGUUACCUUAUAGGAAGACUACAUACCACAGGUAAACUGUUACUUAUAGGAACACUACAUACCACAGGUAAACUGUUACCUUAUAGGAACAAUACAUACCACAAAGGGAAACCCGUUUACCUUAUAGGAACACUACAUACCACAGGUAAACUGUUUUCCUUAUGGAACAUACACCACAGGUAAAAAUUACCUUAUGGGAACACUACAUACCACAGGUAAACUGUUACCUUAUAGGAACACUACAUACACAGGUAAACAGUUACCUUAUAGGAACACUACAUCAACCACAGGUAAACUGUUUACCUUAUAGGAACACUACAUACCACAGGUAAACUGUUACCUUAUAGGAACACUACAUACCACAGGUAAAAACUGGGUUUUUUUUUUUACCUUAUAGGAAGACUACCUACCACCUGGGUAAACUGGUUACCUAUAGAGAACAACACAUACCACAGGUAAACUGUUACCUUAUAGGAACACUACAUGCCACAGGUAAACUGUUACCUUAUAGGAACACUACAUACCACAGGUAAAACUGUUACCUUAUAGGAACACUACAUACCACAGGUAAACGUUACCUUAUAGGAACACUACAUACCACAGGUAAACUGUUACCUUAUAGGAACACUACAUACACAGGUAAACUGUUACCUUAUAGGAACACUACAUACCACAGGUAAACUGUACCUUAUAGGACCUACAUACACCAGGUAAACUGUUACCUUAUAGGAACACUACAUACCACAGGUAAACUGUUACCUUAUAGGACACACUACAUACCACAGGUAAACUGUUACCUUAUAGGAACACUACAUACCACAGGUAAACUGUUACCUUAUAGGAACACUACAUACCACAGGUAAACUGUUACCUUAUAGGAACACUACAUACCACAGGUAAACUGUUACCUUAUAGGAACACUACAUACCACAGGUAAACUGUUACCUUAUAGGAACACUACAUACCACAGGUAAACUGUUACCUAUAGGAAUCACUACAUACCACAGGUAAACUGUUACCUUAUAGGAACACUACCAUACCACAGGUAAACUGUUACCUUAUAGGAACACUACAUACCACAGGUAAACUGUUACCUUAUAGGAAGAUACAUACCACAGGUAAACUGUUACCUUAUAGGAACACUACAUACCACAGGUAAACUGUUACCUUAUAGGAACACUACAUACCACAGGUAAACUGUUUCCUUAUAGGAACAACUACAUACCACAGGUAAACUGUACCUUAUAGGAACACUACAUACCACAGGUAAACGGUUACCUUAUAGGAACACUACAUACCACAGGUAAACUGGUACCUUAUGGGAACACUACAUACCACAGGUAAACUGUUACCUUAUGGGAACACUACAUACCCACAGGUAAACUGUUACCUUAUGGAACACUACAUACCCACAGGUAAACUGUUACCCUUUAUAGGAACACUACAUACCACAGGUAACUGUUACCUUAUAGGAACACUACAUACCACAGGUAAACUGUUACCUUAUAGGAACACUACAUACCACAGGUAAACUGUUACCUUAUAGGAACACUACAUACCACAGGUAAAACUGUUACCUUAUAGGAACACUACAUACCACAGGUAAACUGUUACCUUAUGGGAACACUACAUACCACAGGUAAAACUGUUACCUUAUAGGAACACUACAUACCACAGGUGAAACUGUUACCUUAUAGGAAACACUACAUACCCACAGGUAAACUGUUACCUUAUAGGAAAAACUACAUACCACAGGUAAACGUUUCCUUAUAGGAACACUACUACCACAGGUAAACUGUUACCUUAUAGGAAGACUACAUACCACAGGUAAACGUUACCUUAUAGGAACACUACAAUACCACAGGUAAACUGUUACCUUUAGGAACACUACAUGCCACAGGUAAACUGUUACCUUAUAGGAAACACUACCACAGUAAAAUGUACCUUAUAGAACACUACAACACAGGUAACUGUUACCUUAUAGGAACACUACAUACCACAGGUAAACUGUUACCUUAUAGGAACACUACAUACCACAGGUAAAAAAUGUUACCUUAUAGGAAACUACAUACCACAGGUAAAAAUGUUACCUUAUAGGAACACUACAUACCACAGGAAACUGUUACCCUUAUAGGAACACUACAUACCACAGGUAAACGUACCUUAUAGGGAAAACUACAUACCACAGGUAAACGUUACCUUAUAGGAACACUACAUACACAGGUAAACUGUUACCUUAUAGGAACACUACAUACCACAGGUAAACUGUUACCUUAUAGGAACACUACAUACCACAGGUAAACUGUUACCUUAUAGGAACACUACAUACCACAGGUAAACUGUUACCUUAUAGGAACACUACAUACCACAGGUAAACUGUUACCUUAUAGGAACACUACAUACACAGGUAAACUGUUACCUUAUAGGAACACUACCUACCACAGGUAAACUGUUACCUUAUAGGAACACUACAUACCACAGGUAAACUGUUACCUUAUAGGAACACUACAUACCACAGGUAAACUGUUACCUUAUAGGAAGACUACAUACCACAGGUAAACUGUUACCUUAUAGGAACACUACAUACCCACAGGUAAACUGUUACCUUAUAGGAACACUACAUACCACAGGUAAACUGUUUCCUUAUAGGAACACUACAUACCACAGGUAAACUGUUACCUUAUAGGAACACUACAUACCACAGGUAAACGGUUACCUUAUAGGAACACUACAUACCACAGGUAAACUGUUACCUUAUGGGAACACUACAUACCACAGGUAAACUGUUACCUUAUGGGAACACUACAUACCACAGGUAAACUGUUACCUUAUGGGAACACUACAUACCACAGGUAAACUGUUUACCUUAUAGGAACACUACAUACCACAGGUAAACUGUUACCUUAUAGGAACACUACAUACCACAGGUAAACUGUUACCUUAUAGGAACACUACAUACCACAGGUAAACUGUUACCUUAUAGGAACACUACAUACCACAGGUAAACUGUUACCUUAUAGGAACACUACAUACCACAGGUAAACUGUUACCUUAUAGGAACACUACAUACCACAGGUAAACUGUUACCUUAUAGGAACACUACAUACCACAGGUAAACUGUUACCUUAUAGGAACACUACACACCACAGGUAAACUGUUACCUUACAGGAACACUACAUACCACAGGUAAACUGUUACCUUACAGGAACACUACAUACCACAGGUAAACAGAUCCACAGAUGACGCAAUCUCUAUCGCACUCCACACUGCCCUCUCCCACCUGGACAAGAGGAACACCUAUGUAAGAAUGCUAUUCAUUGACUACAACUCAGCGUUCAACACCAUAGUGCCUUCCAAGCUCAGCACUAAACUAAGGAUCCUGGGACUAAACACCUCCCUCUGCAACUGGAUCCUAGACUUCCUGACGGUCCGCCCCCAGGUGGUGCGGGUAGGCAACAACACAUCCGCCACACUGACCCUCAACACGGGGGCCCCUCAGAGGUGCGUGCUCAGUCCCCUCAUGUACUCCCUGUUCACCCACGACUGCGUGGCCGCGCACAACUCCAACACCAUCAUUAAGUUUGCUGACGACACAACGGUGGUUGGCCUGAUCACCGAUGACGUCAACAAGACAAAGGAGCUGAUAAUGGACUACAGGAAACGGAACGCCGAGCACGCCCCCAUCCACAUCGACGGGGUUGUAGUGGAGCUGGUUGAAAGCUUCAAGUUCCUCAGUGUCCACAUCGCUAAGUAUUUAUCAUGGUCCACACACACCAACACAGUCGUGAAGAGGGCACGACAACUCCUCUUCCCCCUCAGGAGGCUGAAAAUAUUUAGCAUGGGCCCUCAAAUCCUCAAAAAGCUCUACAGCAUUGAGAGCAUUGUGACUUGCUGCAUCAUCACUUGGUAUGGCAACUGCUUGGCCUCUGACCCCAAGGAACUACAGAGGGUAGUGCAUACGGCCCAGUACAUCACUGGGGUAGAGCUCCCUGCUAUCCAGGACCUCUAUGCCAGGCGUUUUUUAGUGGAAGACCCUAAAAAUUAUCAAAGGCUCCAGCCACCCUAGUCAUAGACUGUUCUCUCUGCUACCUCACGGCAAGCAGUACCGAUGCACCAAAUCUGGAACAAACAGGACCCUGAACAGCUUCUACCCCCAAGCCAUAAGACUGCUAGUUAGUUAAAUAGUUAACCAAAUAGUUAAAGGGACUAUCUGCAUUGACCCUUUUUGCACUAACUCUUUUGACUCAUCACACGCUGCUGUUACUGUCUAUUAUCUAUCUCACUGCCUAGUCACUUUAUCCCUACUUACAGUUAAAGUCGGAAGUUUACAUACACCUUAGCCAAAUUCAUUUAAACUCAGUUUUUCACAAUUCCGGACAUUUAAUCCUAGUAAAAAUUCCCUGUCUUAGGUCAGUUAGGUUCACCACUUUAUUUUAAGAAUGUGAAAUGUCAGAAUAAUAGUAGCGAGAAUUAUUUAUUUCAGCUUUUAUUUCUUUCAUCACAUUCCCAGUGGGUCAGAAGUUUACAUACACUCAAUUAGUAUUUGGUAGCAUUGCCUUUAAAUUGUUUAACUUGGGUCAAACGUUUUGGGUAGCCUUCCACAAGCUUCCCACAAUAAAUUGGGUGAAUUUUGGCCCAUUCCUCCUGACAGAGCUGGUGUAACUGAGUCAGGUUUGUAGGCCUCCUUGCUCGCACACGCUUUUUCAGUUCUGCCCACAAAUUUCUAUAGGAUUGAGGUCAGGGCUUUGUGAUGGCCACUCCAAGACCUUGACUUUGUUGUCCUUAAGCCAUUCCUUAAGCCACAACUUUGGAAGUAUGCUUGGGGUAAUUGUACAUUUGGAAGAACCAUUUGCAACCAAGCUUUAACUUCCUGACUGAUGUCUUGAGAUGUUGCUUCAAUAUAUCCACAUAAUUUUCUUCCUCAUGAUGCCAUCUAUUUUGGGAAGUGCACCAGUCCCUCCUGCAGCAAAGCACCCCCACAGCAUGAUGCUGCCACCCACGUGCUUCAUGGUUGGGAUGGUGUUCUUCGACUUGCAAACAACCCCCUUUUUCCUCCGAACAUAACGAUGGUCAUUAAGGCCAAACAGUUCUAUUUUUGUUUCAUCAGGCCAGAGGACAUUUCUCCAAAAAGUACGAUCUUUGUCCCGAUGUGCAAUUGCAAACUGUAGUCUGGCUUUUUUAUGGCAGUUUUGGAGCAGUGGCUUCUUCCUUGCUGAGCAGCCUUUCGGGUUAUGUCGAUAUAGGACUCGUUUUACUGUGGAUAUAGAUACUUUUGUACCUGUUUCCUCCAGCAUCUUCACAAGGUCCUUUGCUGUUGUUCUGGGAUUGAUUUGCACUUUUCGCACCAAAGUACGUUCAUCUCUAGGAGACAGCUGACAGCUGCGUGGUCCCAUGGUGUUUAUACUUGCGUACUAUUGUUUGUACAGAUGAACGUGGUACCUUCAGGCGUUUGGAAAUUGCUCCCAAGGAUGAACCAGACUUGUGGAGGUCUACAAUGUUUUUUCUGAGGUCUUGGCUGAUUUCUUUUGAUUUUCCCAUGAUGUCAAGCAAAGAGGCACUGAGUUUGAAGGUAGGUCUUGAAAUACAUCCACAGGUACACCUCCAAUUGACUCAAAUGAUGUCAAUUAGCCUAUCAGAAGCUUCUAAAGCCAUGACAUCAUUUUCUGGAAUUUUCCAAGCUGUUUAAAGGCACAGUCAACUUAGUGUAUGUAAACUUCUGACCCACUGGAAUUGUGAUACAGUGAAUUAUAAGUGAAAUAAUCUGUCUGUAAACAAUUGUUGAAAAAAUUACUUGUGUCAUGCACAAAGUAGAUUUCCUAACCGACUUGACAAAACUAUAGUUUGUUAACAAGAAAUUUGUGGAGUGGUUGAAAAACACGUUUUAAUGACUCCAACCUAAGUGUAUGUAAACUUCUGACUUCAACUGUAUAUGUGCAUAUCUACCUCAAUUACCUCAUACCCCUGCACAUCGACUUGGUACUGGUACCCCGUGUAUAUAGCCAAGUUACCAUUACUCAUUGUGUAUUUAUUCCUCGUGUUAUUAUUUCUAAAUGUUUCUCUCUGCGUUGUUGGGAAGGUCCCGUAUGUAAGUAUUUCACUGUUAGUCUACACCUGUUGUUUACGAAGCAUGUGACAAAUAACAUUUAAUUUGAUUUGACACGUGCACAAAUGCACCUCAGUUCCAAAUCGACUCCUAACCUUUAUGCGCUAUCUAAGUGUAUCGGCAUGUGACUAUAAUUACCAUGACAACAUGAUGACAUGUUAACAUAACGUACUGGAGAACAACCCACAAUUUGGGGCGGCAGGUAGCUUAGUGGUUAAGAGCGUUGUGCCAGUAACCGAAAGGUCGCUGGUUCUAAUCCCUGAGCCGACCAGGUGAAAAAAUCUGUUGAUGUGCCCUUGAGCAAGGCACUUAACCCUAAUUGCUCCUGUAAGUCACUCUGGAUAAGAGUGUCUGCUAAAUGACUAAAAUGUAAAUGUAAUUUGUGUUUGUCUCUAAAACAUUUUCUUGUCUAUUUUCAUUUUACAUUUGUAUAGAAAACCUUUAGUGUUUUUUGUCUUUCUCACCUUUGUAUUAUGUUAUUUGUUAAGCACUUUGAAAUGUAUCCUCUGCAUUGUCUGUAAGAAAUGUGCUAUAUAAAUAAAGUUUGAUUUGAUAUCAACACAACACAUACCGUGACAUAACAUUGUGUUCCUCUUUAGGACCUGGCGUUGUACAACGAGUUUACCAUCAGUGACACCCUGACGUUCUUCGGACGGAUCCACGGCCUGUCAUCUAAGGACACUCAGGCACGCAUUAACUUCCUGGUGGACUUCCUGGACCUACCUCAGAAGAGCAAACUGGUCCGAAAUCUCAGGUAACACAACCGUACACAGGGGUGUCCAGCAUAUGGCCCGCGAGCUCAUUAAAUCCAGCUUAAAUCUGGUUAGAAUUAAUUUUAUUGUAAAUUAUUAUUUUUUUAUUAGGGGGAAAACAAUCUCAAUAGACAUUUUAAAUAACAAAAACUAACUAUGUAGAAAUGAUAAUGGACCUACAUUUACAAUCUCUUCGCUCUGUCCAGCUUGAUAACAGUCAUCUAUAGUCUCUUCACUCUGUCCAGCGUGAUAACAGUCAUCUAUAGUCUCUUCACUCUGUCCAGCUUGAUAACAGUCAUUUAUAGUCUCUUCACUCUGUCCAGCUUGAUAACAGUCAUCUAUAGUCUCUUCACUCUGUCCAGCUUGAUAACAGUCAUCUAUAGUCUCUUCACUCUGUCCAGCUUGAUAACAGUCAUCUAUAGUCUCUUCACUCUGUCCAGCUUGAUAACAGUCAUCUAUAGUCUCUUCACUCUGUCCAGCUUGAUAACAGUCAUCUAUAGUCUCUUCACUCUGUCCAGCUUGAUAACAGUCAUCUAUAGUCUCUUCACUCUGUCCAGCUUGAUAACAGUCAUCUAUAGUCUCUUCACUCUGUCCAGCGUGAUAACAGUCAUCUAUAGUCUCUUCACUCUGUCCAGCUUGAUAACAGUCAUUUAUAGUCUCUUCACUCUGUCCAGCGUGAUAACAGUCAUUUAUAGUCUCUUCACUCUGUCCAGCUUGAUAACAGUCAUUUAUAGUCUCUUCACUCUGUCCAGCGUGAUAACAGUCAUCUAUAGUCUCUUCACUCUGUCCAGCGUGAUAACAGUCAUCUAUAGUCUCUUCACUCUGUCCAGCUUGAUAACAGUCAUUUAUAGUCUCUUCACUCUGUCCAGCGUGAUAACAGUCAUCUAUAGUCUCUUCACUCUGUCCAGCGUGAUAACAGUCAUUUAUAGUCUCUUCACUCUGUCCAGCGUGAUAACAGUCAUUUAUAGUAUCUUCACUCUGUCCAGCGUGAUAACAGUCAUUUAUAGUCUCUUCACUCUGUCCAGCGUGAUAACAGUCAUUUAUAGUCUCUUCACUCUGUCCAGCUUGCUAACAGUUAUCGAAACGGAAGCUACACAGUCAGGGUGCAUAACAAAUUCAAAAAGCGAUGGAUAAAGGAAUAUAUUUUUUUUUUAUGUUGACGUUAAGGAAAUAUAAUACAUUUUAAAUGCAUCCCUCAGACCUCUGUGAAGAGCGAAUGCGACCUGCAAGAUGUUAUGGUCCACAUGAAUUUGCCGUGGAUAGUUUCCCCUUGCCCAUGACGAGGAGAGGUUAAAUACAGAAGCCGUGACCCAUGUACUCAUUAUGAAGAUGGAAUGGAGUCAUCAGUGCUGUCCCCAGAACACACACACACCUUUGUGGGUUAAUGGGUUAGUGGGUCUCAAUCGCCUCCCUCUCUUCUAACUGGCAUUGGUCCAUUAUUACAUCGUGUCCACAAAACCAUGUGACCUGUGCCUAGAGACUAUGGCUGAGUCCCCAAUUGCACCCUAUUCCCUAUACACUAUUGCACUAGUAUAUCCCAUUUGGAUCUGGGGACAACGUAGGCUACAACCAGGGCUAAGAUAGAUAGAAAGAGAAGGAAACUGUUUCCCUGUUACAUCCCUGUUAGUGAGCAUUUCUCCUUUUUCUGUUUGUGUCACGGGCUUCUGUCAAAAUGCUGUGGAGUCAGCCCGCCCUGUCUGAAACGGUGGCUAAUUACCAUACAUUUUGGUGGGGGUGCAUAUAACCAUAGUAUUACAGUGUUAUUGAUUUGAUGUAUUUAAUAAUCAUCAUAAAAAUGUAUUCAACUUCUAUUUGACCAUUUAAUUAACACAAUUUAACCGCACAAGGUGAUACAUUAUAUUAAUGCAUUUGAUGUGAUUCACAAUGUUGCAUCUUAUAUGGCUGUCAAAUAAAGCAGAACCAACUGCUUUCAGUCCCAGUAUCCUUCCCAUAUUGGCCCGAAUGACUGUACAGAAGCAAGGCCUCCAGAGAAAUGUGUCUUAACUAACUCACCAAAAAUGUCAUAGUGUAAUUGGCCCUUGAACCUGUGUGAAAACACUGGUGUGGCCUCCGGCUCUCGGCAUCCCCCCUUGUACCUCACAAGGACCCAGUGCUUCCCUGUAGUAGAAUAAACACUAAGGCUGAGUCUCAAAUGGCACCCUGUUCCCUAUAAUAUAGUGCACUACUUUUGACCAGAGCCCUCUGGGCCAAGUUCAAAACUAGUGUGCUAUCUAGGAAAUUUGAGACGCAUACUAAACAUUCAAGUUACCUCAGUCGAAGCUCACCGGACUUCCAAGCAACAGAAACGAUUUACCUUUCAGUUUCAGAAAGUGGAAAAUAGGCUAGGUAUGAUGAGCUCUCUACCUGCCCUGUUUCUGUCUCUCUCUCGCUCUCUCUCUGUGCCCUGUUUCUGUUCAACUCUCUCUCUCUGUCUCUCUCUCUCUCUCUACAUGCCCUGUUUGUUUGUCCACCUCUCUCUCUCUUUCUCUCUCUCCCUUUCUCUACAUGCCCUGUUUGUUUGUCCACCUCUCUCCCUCUCUCCCUUUAUUAUGUAUAUAUACAGUGUUGUAACGAUGUGCAAAUAGUUAAAGUACAAAAGGGGAAAUAAAUAAAUAUGGAUUGUAUUUACAAUGGUGUUUGUUCUUCACUGGUUGCCCUUUUCUUGUGGCAACAGGUCACAAAUCUUGCUGCUGUGAUGGCACACUGUGGUAUUUCACCCAGUAGAUAUGGGAGUUUAUCAAAAUUGGGUUUGUUUUUGAAUUCUUUGUGGAUAUGUGUAAUCUGAGGGAAAUAUGUCUCUAAUAUGGUCAUACAUUUGGCAGGAAGUUAGGAAGUGCAGCUCAGUUUCCACCUCAUUUUGUGGGCAGUGUGCACAUAGCCUGUCUUCUCUUGAGAGCAGGUCUGCCUACAGCGGCCUUUCUCAAUAGCAAGGCUAUGCUCACUGAGUCUGUACAUAGUCAGGUAUUAUGCCUCUGUGUACUCUCUGUUUAGGACCAGAUAGCAUUCUAGUUUGCUCAGUUUAUUUUGUUAAUUCUUUGUGUGUCAAGUAAUCAUCUUUUUGUUUUCUCAUGAUUUGGUUGGGUCUAAUUGUGUUGCUAUCCUGGGGCUCGGUGGAGUCUGUUUGUGUUUGUGAACAGAGCCCAAGGACCAGCUUGCUUAGGGGACUCUUCUCCAGGUACAUCUCUCUGUAGGUGAUGGCUUUGUUAUGGAAGGUUUGGGAAUCGCUUCCUUUUAGGUGGUUGUAGAAUUUAACGGCUCUUUUCUGGAUUUUGAUAAUUAGCGGGUAUCGGCCUAAUUCUGCUCUACAUUCAUUAUUUGGUGUUUUACGUUGUACACAAAUAAUAUUUCUCAAUUUGGUGUUUGUCCCAUUUUGUGAAUUCUUGGUUGGUGAGUUGUCUACUUGAACAGAUUUACUGUCAGGGCCCAUGUCUGACAGAAUUGGGCAGAAGAUCUAGGUGCUGCUGUAGGCCCUCCUUGGUUGGGGACAGAAGCACCAGAUCAUCAGCAAACAGUAGACAUUUGACUUCUGAUUCUAGUAGGGUGAGGCCGGGUGCUGCAGACUGUUCUAGUGCCCUCGCCAAUUUGUUUAUAUAUUUGUUGAAGAGGGUGGGGCUUAAGCUGCAUCCCUGUCUCACCCCACGGCCCUGUGGAACGAAAUGAGUGUGUUUUUUGCCAAUAUUUUACGCACACUUGUUGUUUGUGUACAUGGAUUUUAUAAUGUCGUAUGUUUUUCCCCCAACACCACUUUCCAUCAAUUUGUAUAGCAGACCCUCAUGCCAAAUUGAGUCAAAAGCUUUUUUGAAAUCAACAAAGUAUGAGAAGACUUUGCCUUUGUUUUGUUUUGUUUGUUUGUCAAUUAGGGUGUGCAGGGUGAAUACGCUGUAUUGUCACGAUCGUUCAUGAACGAGAAGGACCAAGGCGCAGCGUGAUAUGCAUUCAUAUUUAUUUCACGAAUAAACGCACAACCAAAACAACAAACGAAACGUGACGUCCAAGGUAGACAAAUAACAUACCUCAAACUGAACAAGAUCCCACAACUGACUGGUGCCAAAAGGCUGCCUAAGUAUGGUCCCCAAUCAGAGACAACGAGCUACAGCUGCCUCUGAUUGGGAACCAACCUGGCCAGUUUUCCUGCCUGUGUUGUGGGAUUUUGUUGUGUUCCUGUUUAGGCUUGUGUGUUAGCCCUUUGGACCGUCACGGUUAAGUUUGUUAUUUUGGUUACUGUGUUGUGUGUUUAUUAUUUAAAUAAACAUGUACGCCUUUCACGCUGCACCUUGGUCCGACCCGUUUCUUAAAUUUAUCAUUGUUGUUAGUUUUGUUUGGUUUUCUGUUUGACAUUUUUAGAUUUAAUAGGGAAGCUGAGAGGUUAAAUAUACUGUUUAGGUUUUCUACUGCCAAGUUUACACCUUCACUAUUACAGUGAAACGUUUUGUCCAGGAAGUUGUCUACAAGGGAUUGAAUUUGUUGUUGCCUAAUUGUUUUUUGGUAGGUUUCCACACUACUUUCCUUCCAUCUAUAGCAUAUCUUAAUAUUAUUCAGUUCCUUUGGCUUUGAUGCCUCAUGAUUGAGUAUUCAAGUAGACUGUGAUUUUGCUGUGAUCUGAUAGGGGUGUCAGUGGGCUGACUGUGAACGCUCUGAGAGACUCUGGGUUGAGGUCAGUGAUAAAGUAGUCUACAGUUGUCACGGUUUUGGCCGAGGCUGCUCCUCCUCCUUGUUCGGGCAGGCUUCGGCGGUCGUCGUCCCCGGAGUACUAGCUGCCACCGUUCGAUGUUUCAUGUUUGUUUGGUUUUGUCUGUUUGUACACCUGUCCCUUGUUAGUGUUUGAUUUUGUUUCCUAUUUAGUUAUCGUGUGUUGGGUCAGGUGUUAUGUGUGAUUGUUAUGUCAGCUGUUAGCUGUUGGUGGGUUUUCCUCUCAUGUUGUUUGUUUUUUGAGAGUCCGCACUGCGUGCGCGUUUCUACUAUUUUACGCACUGUUGUGUGUGUGCGUAAUUGUUCAUGCCUCCCGGUUGGGUUGGCCAGUUACCUGUUUGGAGUUAUAUUUUUGGAUCACUAAAGUCUGUUGACGAACGCCCUUGUUCCUGCGCUUGAUUUCUCGCACCACAUCCACACUCAGAAUUCUUGACAACAGUACCUCUGCCAAGAGAUGAGCUAUAGGUGUACCUACCAUAGGAGUCCCCUUAAAGCCUACCAUUGACUAUGUAAAUACCCAGCUUGCGACAGAGCUGCAGGAGUUGUGACCCGUUUUUGUUGGUUAUGUUUUCAUAGUUGUGCCUAGUGGGGCGUAUAGGGGAGUGAAUGCUGUCACCUCCAUGUAUGUGUUUGUCCCCCUUUGUGCUGAGGGUGUCAGGUUCUUGUCCAGUUCUGGCAUUUAGGUCACAACAGACUAGUACAUGUCCCUGGGUCUGGAAAUGAUUAAUUUCCCCCUCCAGGGUGGAGAAGCUGUCUUCAUUAAAGUAUGGGGAUUCUAGUGGGAGGAUAUAGAUAGCACACAGGAGGACAUUUUUCUCUGUUGAUAUCAUAUCCUUUUGAAUUUCUAGCCAAAUGUAUAAUGUUCCUGUUUUGAUUACUUUAAUAGAGUGAGUUAGGUCUGCUUUAUACCAAAUUAGCAUACCCCCUGAGUCGCUUCCCUGUUUCACACCUGGUAGUUUGGUGGAUGGAACUACCAGCUCUCUGUAACCUAGAGGGCAACCAGUGGGUCCAUCUCCUCUAUAUCAUGUUUCUUGUAGGAUGACAGUGUCUGUAUUUCUGGUGGACCUGGUCCUAAAGGCUGUUCAUGUCCAGGGUGGAGUGGUGGGCCAGGUAAACAUUUCGUUUUGAGGCACAGUCACAGGAAAUACUUGCGUUUACCCACUGUAUGGUAGCAGGGUGGAAGUCUUGUCGUGGUAGCAGGGUGGAGAUAACCACUUGUGCGUUGGGGAAAGUAGAAUAAGCUUUUUCAAUCACUCCCUUGAGUGCUGUGGCCACCCUUUCCUGCUGUGCUCUCAGGUCAUUUGUGGCUGGGUGAUCCUAGUCGGUCCUUAGACAGAAGGUCUAGGGCGCGCUGGGUGUUUGGACACCAGAGUUUAGACACUGUAUUUGGGGGGGGGGGGGGGGGUGCUCAGAGGGGGUGGUAUCCCCUGGGCUUGGGGUUCUUCAUUUGUUUGUCCAGCUGUGAUGUCGAGGCUAUGGUCAGGGUCUAGGGUGGACUGUUCUGCUGCGGUGUCGAGACUUUGGCCAGGAUCUGAGGUGGGCUGUUCUGCUGGCUUCUCUGCGGGGGUGGCCAGCUCUCUAAUGGGUUGUUCUCUGUCACCCGUCAUCGUUCUCACCUUCUCCUCCAGCACUCUGAUCCUCUCCUCUAGUGCUCUGUUCUUCUCCUGCUCUUUCUCCUGUUGAUGUUGUCUCACCACAGUCCAGAGUGCAGACAUGUCUCUCUCCACCUCCAGCUCUCUGGGUCUGGUUGAGGGGGUGUUGUUGAGCUGGACAAUUUUUUGUGCUGACCUGCUGUUCCAGCUCCACCUGCCUUACCUCCAGCUGGGUGAAUCUAUCCUUCAUUUCGAUGAGGGAGUAGUCCUCUGUGCUGGGAGGUUGACUUUCCGCUUGGGGUUGCUCGUCUGUGGGGUUGUAUAAUGAAGAGGUCUGGUCUGACACGCUUGUGGCGGGGGUAUCUUUCUCAAGAGAGAGCUUAUCCCAUUCUCUCAUCGGAACAGGCAGGUUAGUCUUGAAGGGUUUCUCUGCCUUGCCAGCCCAGCUAACACACACACUGCAUUACACUGAGAGGCAAACCAGUGAGGGUGAUGCAAGUCAAACAAUGGCAGCUCAAUGGAGCAGAUAAAUAACAGAGUAUAUCAGGUGUGUUUAUGUAACGUGUGUGUGUGUGUGUGUGUGUGUGUGUGUGUGUGUGUGUGUGUGUGUGUGUUUACAGCGGAGGGCAGAAACGGAGGGUUUCUCUAGGAGCGGCCUUACUUCAAAACCCCCAGUUAUUGAUUCUGGAUGAACCCACAGUCGGGGUGGACCCUGUGCUGAGAGCCAAGUAUGUAUUGACCACACACACACACACACACACACACACACACACACACACACACACACACACACACACACACACACACACACACACACACACACACACACACACACACAUACACACACACACACACACACACACACCCUUCUACAACAAUUCACCUGCUUCACAUUUCCCCCAUUUACAUCCAAUAUAAUGAAUCUCAUAUACAAUCUUAAGAUAACAUAGCAGUUUAUGAACAACACUCUCGCUCAAACACUCAUAAACCUGUCAAAUACAACUCUCUGCCCCCCAUUACAGAAACCAUAUUGUCUCUCAUUCAGAAUGAGUGUAUAAGUCCUGUUGGAAGUAUCUGGGUGUGUAAUCUAAUUGUGUAAUAGUACCAGUGCUCUGUUACAAAGCCCAGCCAAAUCAGAGUCUAGCCAGGGUAAUCCCAGGCAGGUCAUAAGAUUAAAGGUGUGUCCCAAAUAGCACCCUAUACCCUUCAUGGUGCACUACCAGGGCCCAUAUCAGCACAUUGUUAGGUUAUUCUUUGUGUGACAGGUGGUUCGCCCGAACCGCACUCGUGUGAUGAGUAACCUUGAUUAGGACCUUGAGACUUGUGUUAGCUCCCCGAGCUAAUGCCUAGGCUUUAGCUCAGUGGGAUACACACAGUGUUGUUGUGCACUAGAUGAUCACAUUUGCACACUUUCUCUUUGUAUCUCGACUACUCCAGGUACGGUAGCGCCAUGUCCCAAAUCGCACAUUACCUAUAUAGUGCAAUACGUUUUAUUUUAAUGAUUUUAUUUGGGUUUUAUCACACAAGAAUGUCAUAGGUUCUUAUCACAGGGUUACAUCAGUACUGUGCUUUGGAAUAUAAUCAAUAAGAAACAUGAAAAAUCCAAUCAUACGUUCAGUAAUCACACCACAGUACAAUACUAUAAUGCAUUUAAAAUAUCCAUACUGUAAACAACAUUAUCCUAUAAUAUCAAACACAUUCUGUAUCCCAUCUGGUGAUAAAUGGCUGGUCUGGACACAUCAGCCUUAUAGUGCAAUACUUAAGUAGUGCACUUUAUAGGGAAUAGGGUGCCAUUUGGGACGCCCAAUAGGAUGUUGCCCUUAAACUGAGUUGUGUCAUGUCCCUGUAGGAUCUGGCAGCAUCUAGUAGAUAUUGUGAAAACUGGAAAAGUGUCGGUCGUCAUCACCACUCACUACAUAGAGGAGGCCAGGCAAGCCAAUGUGGUAAGACACACACACUCACACACACACACACACACACACACACACACACACACACACGCGCACACACACACACACACACACACACACACACACACACACACACACACACACACACACACACACUCUCACACACACACACACUGUCCUUUUUGUUAAAUGCUCCUCUGUGAACGCUGUGCCUUGUUUAUCUGUUGACAAGAGGAAAAGGGGAAACACAGCCCAACUGACCGUCACUCCAUAAAUACUUUAUGAGCAGGCAUUAAUGAGGUCCCCUCCACUGAGAAACAAUGGGUCCUUUGAUAGUUCCUCUAGUUCUUCUGUGUGUCACCUUUUUAGAAAGGGGGGGGAAGAGGUGGACUAUGGGUCUGCGUGUGUGUAUCACAGCGUCAAUGGUCUGGUUGGCUUGUCUUCAAUCAGAACACACUUCCAGUUAUAUGGCCCCAUGUACUCCAUCAGACUGGCAGUAUUCACUCCCUAUCCUGGCUGGUUCAAAGUCUAACGCCUAGGGAGCUACUGCUCUGUAAAUCUACAGAUUAGGUUACUGUAAAACCUUUUUCCCCGGUUUUCCUCUGAGAUGAUGUUUGCUUCUGAACAGCCUUUUUCCUCAGUGAGGAAAUGAAAUGUGAAAGAGCGGUGAAGGGAACAAACAUGAAGGAUGUAGCACUGAGUGGAUGUGUUGGUCCUGUACCACACGGACAAUUAACUACUGUCUUUACAUGCCAUAUGUUUUCAUGUCUUCUUAGAGCUUCAUUUGAGCAAACAUUGGUUGUUUGAGAUCCAUAUGUGUGCUCGUAAUAUACUCCUAACAGAUUCAUGAGCCGAUUCAUGAUCAGAUUCAUAAGCAGGUCAAAAUAAACAUACAGUAAGAAUAUACAGUAGAUUGUCUGUAAAGAAGUGUUAAGAUGUGAAUAUGUACAGAAAACCAAAGGACGAAGUCUUUUACAGUAUAUCUGGUUAAGUGCCACUAUGCGCCCUGGUCAAAAGUAGUGCACUAAAUAGGGAAUUGGGUGCCAUUUGGGAUGCACAAUAGAUAUAGAUGACCUUUACCCCCCAUAGAACUGUGUCAAUAGGGGGAUGGAACAUAUAUGACCCUGUGUCUGAGGUAUCAGUGGUUAGUGGCAAUUCUUACAUUUACAUCUUGGUCAUUUAGCAGAUGCUCUUAACCAGAGCGACGGAUCAGAUCUCACUUCUCUGUUGUUGCCAGUUCCAACAUCAUGCUUGGCCACUAAGGCAGAAGUGAAAGUAGUGUGAAGUGGAUAGUACUGAAUUCUCCUUUUAGCUUCUCACACUCAAAAAAUAUCUUUAUUCGAAACACACUGAUAAGACUCUCUCUACGUUCCAAAUGGCACCAUAUUAUUGUUAUAGUGCACUACUUUUAACCAGGACCCAUAGGGCUCUUGUCAAAAGUAGUGCACUAUAUAGGGAAUAGGGUGCCAUUUGGAAGACAGGUUCCUUGUACCACAUGUGUAAUGUAUUCUAAAUGCAUUUAGAGCACCAUCUAUCACAACAAAGUGUGUUAUAGUCUACAGUACUACCUCUGUGUUAUAUACAUCCAUAAGGACUCAUGACUUCAUAAUAAACACCUUAUUGAUCAUCAGUUUGUCAAUGGCUGUCAGCGUCUGGGUGAAGUGGGGAAACGGAAUCAGGCGCAGGACACAGAACAGAGCAAAGUAUGGCUUUACUAAACACAAAGUAAACAAUAGCAAACCCUCCACACAGGAAGAGCAAAAACAACAGCUCAACAGACGACGUAACAACGAACAAUCACGCACAAACCCAGGAGGGAAAACAGAGGUAAUAUAGGGAAACCAAUAAGCCUAAUGAGUAACAGGUGUGAAUAAUAAAGACAGGACUAGUGUGACACAGAAACAUGGAUCGGUGGCAGCUAGUACUCCGGUGACGACGAACGCCGAAGCCUGCCCGAGCAAGGAGGAGGGGCAGCUUCGGCUGUAUCCGUGACAAUGGCCCAAUGCAGAUAACAAAAUCAGCAAAUAUUUCAUUAGACCUAAUAUUUUCGAUAUAAACCGGCGAGAAUAAUCAAACAAAAAUUGAUAACUGAGAAAUCAGAUCAUAAUUUAACUCUGAUUGCAAGAAAGCUUACAAAAAACAGAGAUUCAAUUUAAAUAAUUGUGACAUAAUAACAACAAUGCUCACUAAUUUAAAAAGAAAAGUAUACUAAGACAAUUACAUGUAAGACAAAGAGAAAGAAUAACCCACCUUGGUUAAAUGACACUCUGUGGUAAAAUCAGGGUCCAAUAAAAAGAAAGAGAGACAGAGAGAAAGAAAGCACUAAACUGGACUACAUGUUGACAGACUGCUGUUCAGAGGGCUGAGGAAAAACUGGACUACAUGUUGACAGACUGCUGUUCAGAGGGCUGAGUAAAAACUGGACUACAUGUUGACAGACUGCUGUUCAGAGGGCUGAGUAAAAACUGGACUACAUGUUGACAGACUGCUGUUCAGAGGGCUGAGUAAAAACUGGACUACAUGUUGACAGACUGCUGUUCAGAGGGCUGAGUAAAAACUGGACUACAUGUUGACAGACUGCUGUUCAGAGGGCUGAGUAAAAACUGGACUACAUGUUGACAGACUGCUGUUCAGAGGGCUGAGAAACAAGGUAAUCUCCCAGCUAAGAAAAUCAAAAGCCAACUUCAUAAAUGAGGCGAAAGGUGAUUGUAAACACAUUUGGAAAAACAGACAGUUUAACAGGAAAGACACAUUUAAGGGAGAUAUACAACUGAAAGGUGAUGGAAGAUUGAUGGAGGAUAGCUACUCUAUAGCCACUAUUUUAACAAUGUCUUUAUUCAGUCUGUACUAGAUCUGGGGCAAAAGUUUACAGUGAGCGAGUUGUGUAUCACCCAAUGUGAUGACUUUUUGACUAUGUUUGAUAUGAUUCCAACUACUGAGGUGGCAAAAUACUUAACUAGGCCCCUGUCUCAGUAGCUACAUGGCUGCAGUGUUCACAGAGAGAGAAAACAUACCAGGACAAAGGUGACAUGAUGACUGGCCCUGAGCCAAGCCUUCACCACAGGACGUUAAUGAUACAAUUAUACUGUGAGCCAGAGAUCUCUGUCACACUAAAACCCAUCCUCACCUGUCACACUAAAACCUGUCCUACAGGCACAUUUAUGACUAAGGCUAUUUCUUAAUUAAUCUUUCCUUGAUUCCUCACAUUCUCUCUCCUCGCCUCCUUCCUCAAAACUCCAUUUGGAAUGACCCUGCUGUUUUCUAUCUCUCCAGGUGGGUCUGAUGAGGAAUGGCCGACUGUUGGCCGAGGGACUUCCAGAAGCCAUGAUGAAACAGCACAAUGCACCGGUGAGUUCCCUACAACGGAGUUGACAGCCAACAGAGUUGAGGUCGACCAUUGCUGUUGGCUAAUAGUGUGGUCAGCUGUUUGAAAUGGUAACGAUGGUGACUACUAACAAUGUUGACCACUGACCGUUUUAACCUUGGACUGUUUGACUGUAACUGUGUUGAUGACUGACCGUUUUAACCCUGGUCUGUGAUGUCUUUGUGUACAGUUGACUUUUCUGCCUGUUAACAGUAGCCCUUUAUCACCACUAGACAACAGUCCUGUUAACAGUAGCCCUUUAUCACCACUAGACAACAGUCAUGUUAACAGUAGCCCUUUAUCACCACUAGACAACAGUCCUGUUAACAGUAGCCCUUUAUCACCACUAGACAACAGUCCUGUUAACAGUAGCCCUUUAUCACCACUAGACAACAGUCCUGUUAACAGUAGCCCUUUAUCACCACUAGACAACAGUCCUGUUAACAGUAGCCCUUUAUCACCACUAGACAACAGUCCUGUUAACAGUAACCCUUUAUCACCACUAGACAACAGUCCUGUUAACAGUAGCCCUUUAUCACCACUAGACAACAGUCCUGUUAACAGUAGCCCUUUAUCACCACUAGACAACAGUCCUGUUAACAGUAGCCCUUUAUCACCGCUAGACAACAGUCCUGUUAACAGUAGCCCUUUAUCACCGCUAGACAACAGUCCUGUUAACAGUAGCCCUUUAUCACCGCUAGACAACAGUCCUGUUAACAGUAACCCUUUAUCACCACUAGACAACAGUCCUGUUAACAGUAACCCUUUAUCACCACUAGACAACAGUCCUGUUAACAGUAACCCUUUAUCACCACUAGACAACAGUCCUGUUAACAGUAGCCCUUUAUCACCACUAGACAACAGUCCUGUUAACAGUAGCCCUUUAUCACCACUAGACAACAGUCCUGUUAACAGUAGCCCUUUAUCACCACUAGACAACAGUCCUGUUAACAGUAGCCCUUUAUCACCACUAGACAACAGUCCUGUUAACAGUAGCCCUUUAUCACCACUAGACAACAGUCCUGUUAACAGUAGCCCUUUAUCACCACUAGACAACAGUCCUGUUAACAGUAGCCCUUUAUCACCACUAGACAACAGUCCUGUUAACAGUAGCCCUUUAUCACCACUAGACAACAGUCCUGUUAACAGUAGCCCUUUAUCACCACUAGACAACAGUCCUGUUAACAGUAGCCCUUUAUCACCACUAGACAACAGUCCUGUUAACAGUAGCCCUUUAUCACCACUAGACAACAGUCCUGUUAACAGUAGCCCUUUAUCACCACUAGACAACAGUCCUGUUAACAGUAGCCCUUUAUCACCACUAGACAACAGUCCUGUUAACAGUAGCCCUUUAUCACCACUAGACAACAGUCCUGUUAACAGUAGCCCUUUAUCACCGCUAGACAACAGUCCUGUUAACAGUAGCCCUUUAUCACCGCUAGACAACAGUCCUGUUAACAGUAACCCUUUAUCACCACUAGACAACAGUCCUGUUAACAGUAGCCCUUUAUCACCACUAGACAACAGUCCUGUUAACAGUAGCCCUUUAUCACCACUAGACAACAGUCCUGUUAACAGUAGCCCUUUAUCACCACUAGACAACAGUCCUGUUAACAGUAGCCCUUUAUCACCACUAGACAACAGGCCUGUUAACAGUAGCCCUUUAUCACCACUAGACAACAGUCCUGUUAACAGUAGCCCUUUAUCACCACUAGACAACAGUCCUGUUAACAGUAGCCCUUUAUCACCACUAGACAACAGUCCUGUUAACAGUAGCCGACAUUGACCCUAUUGCUUCGCCUACAAUCCACCCACCCACUGCAGACUCUGGAGAAAGCUUUCCUACAGCUGUGUGAGAUGUCCGACUGUGUUGACUGCUUUGUGUGUUGACGGCUUUCUGUGUUGACCAGGGAUCAUAUAAACCCUUGACUGUGUUAUCAGUGUGUUCAAUUGACUGUGUUGUCUAUUUCCCCUGCUGCCCCAUCCACCCACUGCAGACCCUGGAGAAAGCCUUCCUGCAGCUGUGUGAGACCUCAGACCAGGUGAGCUCCAAACACAGCACCUCGCCUCAGGGCGGGGUCCUAGAGAGCAGCCAAUCAUUCGAGAGCAGCCGGGACGAGAGUCAACCAAUCCUGGGAGCCGGACCGGGACCAGUAGAAGAGCUGCCCAAAUAUUCAGGUAAAUGUAGGGUUGUAUUGACACUACACUGUAUAUACUCAGGUAAAUGUAGGGUUGUAUGGACACUACACUGUAUAUAUUCAGGUAAAUGUAGGGUUGUAUGGACACUACACUGUAUAUACUCAGGUAAAUGUAGGGUUGUAUGGACACUACACUGUAUAUACUCAGGUAAAUGUAGGGUUGUAUGGACACUACAUUGUAUAUACUCAGGUAAAUGUAGGGUUGUAUGGACACUACACUGUAUAUACUCAGGUAAAUGUAGGGUUGUAUGGACACUACACUGUAUAUACUCAGGUAAAUGUAGGGUUGUAUGGACACCACUGUAUAUAUUCAGGUAAAUGUAGGGUUGUAUGGACACUACACUGUAUAUACUCAGGUAAAUGUAGGGUUGUAUGGACACUACACUGUAUAUACUCAGGUAAAUGUAGGGUUGUAUGGACACUACACUGUAUAUACUCAGGUAAAUGUAGGGUUGUAUGGACACUACACUGUAUAUACUCAGGUUAAAUCUAGGGUUGUAUGAACACUGCAAAAGUAGCUCAACGAUUUGUAUGUUGUGAUGGCAUGGAAUAAUUUACUGUAGACGAACAUCGCUGAACAUUGCUGCUAAAACUAAAACUGUGUGUGUGUGUGUGUGUGUGUGUGUGUGUGUGUGUGUGUGUGUGUGUGUGUGUGUAGUGGACUGGAAGGUACGAGUCAGGCAUGUGAUGCCAAAGUGGAGGAACAUCGCAGCUCUGAUUAUCAAGACCACAGUGAGGAUGAAGAGGAUGCCCGGGUGAGGAUGGUGAUGGUGGUGGUGAGGAUGGUGAUGGUGGUGGUGAGGAUGAAGGGUGGUGGGGGUGAGGAUGAAGGGUGGUGAUGGUGGUGGUGAGGAUGAAGGGUGGUGGUGGUGAGGAUAGAGGGUCGUGAUGGUGGUGGUGAGGAUGAAGGGUGGUGGGGGUGAGGAUGAAGGGUGGUGAUGGUGGUGGUGAGGAUGAAGGGUGGUGGUGGUGAGGAUAGAGGGUCGUGAUGGUGGUGGUGAGGAUGAAGGGUGGUGGGGGUGAGGAUGAAGGGUGGUGAUGGUGGUGGUGAGGAUGAAGGGUGGUGGUGGUGAGGAUAGAGGGUCGUGAUGGUGGUGGUGAGGAUGAAGGGUGGUGGGGGUGAGGAUGAAGGGUGGUGAUGGUGGUGGUGAUGGUGAGGAUGAUAAUGAUUAUAAUGAGGAUGAAGAGGAGGAGGCAGAGGAUGCUGAUGAAGGGAGUAGUAGUAGAAUGAGCAUGAAAGAUAGUAUUUGAACCAAUGUCUGGUAUCUGCCCAGGUCUCUGUGUUUCCAGUUCCUGCUGCCAGUGAUCCAGAUCUCUCUGAUGUGUCUGUGUAUCGGAGGAGACCCCAAAGGAAUACAGGUGGCUGUGGUCAACAAUGAGACCUCCUCCAGCUCCUUCAGCCAAUCCCUGCUCUCCUUCCUGGACAACUCCAGUGUGCAACAGGUACUGGACCAAUCAACUGGGUGGCAUUCAUUAGUGCAAAGCAUUUUGCAACGGAAAAGGAAAAACAGGUGUUUCUUAUUGGACAAGUUCAGGUAGUCCGUCCCUGUUUCAGUCUGGAGGCAAACUAAAUGUCUGUUUGUUAGUUAUUAAGGGGUCAGAUGGAGUUUGUUGUGGAGGGGAGGGGCACGGCCUAAAAGAGGAAGCAACCAGAGUUGCACUCUACACUCCCUGUUUACCUCGAGGUGGCUGGUUUCACUUCUGCUCUGCUCUUUAUUUUUCUAAGAACACGUUCAUGUGCUGUGUGUCUGUUUUAAAUAAGUCAAGCAAAAGCACUUUCAGAGCUAACUCCAUAAUUCACCUUUUGAAAGGAAUUGUGUGUUUUGUUAUUACAGUACGCUGAAACAGUUUGAGUAUCUACCACUGUCCUCCUGGUCAAAACCCAGUGAGCAAAAUUAUGUCUAAAAGACGUAUAGAGUACCACAUUAUGAGUCAUAAUACCCAUAAAACCUAGCUGUCAAACAGGGAAAUGGUUCCAAUCGUUUUUCCACCAUUCAUUUUCCCCAUAGGGGAUUUUAGAAACACUUAGAAUAAGGGCUGUUUUAUGUAGGCUUACCCUGGCGUGACGUUUUGUUAACUGUGUAAAUCUCUUUAGGACAAGGUGACUCAAUAUUUUAGCCUUGCUUUUUUUCUUGCUUUGACUGUAAUAUAUGGUUGUUUAUCUACCUUAGUUGAAUGCAUUGACUGAAAGUCUCUGGAUAAGAGCGUCUACCUAAAUUACCAAAAUGUAAAUCUGAACAUGAACACUUGCAAAGCAUGCUGGGUAUAAUUCUAAUGCACUCCGCCCCCCAAAAAUACAAAAUUUGGUUGGUCCGAACCUGACCAAAUCUUAACCAAUCAUAGAUGUCUAUGUUUCCCAAGGUUGGAAAGCACAGUACAGUAGAGUAGAGUGCAGUACAGUACACUUUUUUUGGGCCAAAUCAAGGCUGGACAGGAUGUCUGUGGACGUUGAAAUUAAGGCCGGUACAGAGGUCACCAGAAAACGACAUCUGUGGUCGUUGAAAUCAAAGCCAGGGCGGACAGACCAAAUUUCAACGUCUUUUCAACAUCAAUGGACAUAGGCAUUGGACAGUGCUCACUGGGACGUAGUGCACUAGAUGGAGGAAUAGGGUGUCACACUGUCCUCCUGGUCAAAAGUAGUGCACUAGAUGGACCAAUAGGGUGUAAUUUAAGACCUAGCCAUAGUCACUGAGGGUGUCCCCUGUCCCUCCCUGCCCUAGUUAAACCUGUCCCAUAGUCACUGAGGGUGUCCCCUGUCCCUCCCUGCCCUAGUUAAACCUGUCCCAUAGUUACUGAGGGUGUCCCCUGUCCCUCCCUGCCCUAGGUGAACCUGUCCCAUAGUCACUGAGGGUGUCCCCUGUCCCUCCCUGCCCUAGGUGAACCUGUCCCAUAGUCACUGAGGGUGUCCCCUGUCCCUCCCUGCCCUAGUUAAACCUGUCCCAUAGUCACUGAGGGUGUCCCCUGUCCCUCCCUGCCCUAGUUAAACCAGUCCCAUAGUCACUGAGGGUGUCCCCUGUCCCUCCCUGCCCUAGUUAAACCUGUCCCAUAGUCACUGAGGGUGUCCCCUGUCCCUCCCUGCCCUAGGUGAACCUGUCCCAUAGUCACUGAGGGUGUCCCCUGUCCCUCCCUGCCCUAGGUGAACCUGUCCCAUAGUUACUGAGGGUGUCCCCUGUCCCUCCCUGCCCUAGUUAAACCUGUCCCAUAGUUACUGAGGGUGUCCCCUGUCCCUCCCUGCCCUAGGUGAACCUGUCCCAUAGUCACUGAGGGUGUCCCCUGUCCCUCCCUUCCCUAGUUAAACCUGUCCCAUAGUCACGGAGGGUGUCCCCUGUCCCUCCCUGCCCUAGGUGAACCUGUCCCAUAGUCACUGAGGGUGUCCCCUGUCCCUCCCUGCCCUAGGUGAACCUGUCCCAUAGUCACUGAGGGUGUCCCCUGUCCCUCCCUGCCCUAGGUGAACCUGUCCCAUAGUCACUGAGGGUGUCCCCUGUCCCUCCCUUCCCUAGGUGAACCUGUCCCAUAGUCACUGAGGGUGUCCACUGUCCCUCCCUGCCCUAGGUGAACCUGUCCCACGCUGAGGCUUUUGCAGGGGCCUAUAACGGAGAGUACUGGGGCGUCAUCGGGUUUGGAAGAAUUUCACCAGCUAUGAAAAAGCUGGAGUCCCUUUAAAGAAAUGGAGACUUGAUUGAUUACGGAAAGAGUCUGUCGAUGUAUACUAUACUUUACAAAAAAUUGUUAUUAUAACUAAGGUUUACUCGUCAUAUUCUGUUGAGUAUUAUGUAUAUUAUUCAGAAUAUAUCUGGGGGAGGUCUGAGGGGGACAAGGUUUAUGGGCCUUGAGAGCGAGGGGAGAGGAGCGAUUAGAAAGGGGGGGGAGGAUUCGAGGAUGGGGGAGAGGAGCGGGAGAGGGGAGAGAGGGAAAGGGAGAGGGAGGAGCGCGAGAGAGAAGUCGAGGAAGAGAGGGAGAAAGUGGGGACGAAGAGAGGGGAGAGUGAGUAGGGAAGAGAGGAGAGAAAAGGGGAGGAGAAAGGGGGGGAGGGAGGGGACGGCGAGGGGGAGGAAGGGGGGGAAGGGGGAGAGGAGGGGGGAGGGGGGAGGGGGGGGGGGAGCGGAAGGGAGGGAAAAGGAGGGGGGGAAGGAAGGGGGGGAAGAGGGGAGGGGAAAAGAAGGCGGGGGGAGAGGGGAAAGGGGAGGGGGGGGAAAGGGGGGGGGGAGAGGAGGGGAAAGGGAGGGGGAAAAGGGGGGGGGGAAAAGGGAGGGGAGGGGGGCGGGAGAGGAGGGAAGGGGGAGGGGGGAGGGGGGAGAGGAGGGGAGAAAGAGGAGGGGGAGAGGAGAGGGGGAGGGGGGGGAGGAGAGGAGGGAGAGGAAAGGGGGGGAGAGGAGAGGGGGAGGGAGAGGAGGGAGGGAGGAAAAGGGGAGGGGAGGGAGAGGAAAAGGAAAGGGGAGAAAGGGAAAAGAAAGCAAGAGAAAGGAAGAAAAAAAAGAAAAAAAAGAAACAAAAAGUUAGAAAAAAAAAAAAAGAGAAGAAAAGAAGAAAGAGAAGAGGGGGAAAGAGAAGAGAAGAGGAAAAGGGGGGAGGAGAGGAGAGGGGGGAGAAGGGAGGGGGGGGGAAGAGGGGGGGAGAGGGGGGGGGAAAAGGGGGGGGAGAGGAGAGGAGGGGGGAGGGGGGGGAGAGGGAGGGGGAAGAAGAGGCGGGGGCGCGGGGGGGGGGGAGGCGGGGGGAGGGGGGAGGGGGGGGGAGAAGAGAGGGAAAAGGGAGAGAGGAGGGGAAGGGGGGGAAAAGGGAGGGGGAGAGGAGAGGAGGGAGGGAGGGAGGGAGGGGAGAAGAGGAGAGGAAAAGGAAGAGAAGAAGGAAGGGAAAAGAGGAAGAGGGGGGGGGGGAAAAGAGAGAGAGAAAGAAAAAGAAGAAGAAAAGAAAGAGAAGAAAAAGAGAAAAAGGGAAAAAGCAAGAGAGAAGAGGAAAGGGAAAGAGGGAAAGAAAGAAGAGAAGGAAAGGAGGGGGAGGGAGAGGAGAGGAGAGGAGAGCGAGAGGAUCUUGUCGGGAUAGGAUAUGGAGGAGGGGUACUUCUCUUCUCUUCUCUUCUUCUCUUCUCUUCUCUUCUCUUCUCUUCUCUUCUUCUCUUCUCUUCUCUUUCUCUUCUCUUCUCUUCUCUCCUCUCCUCUCUUCUGUUCUCCUCUCUUCUCCUCUUCUCUUUUAAACACUGUCAAUAACCAGGUUUCCAUCCACAGUUUUUAUGUGAGUAAAGUCAUACCGUAUAUUUUUUUUUAUUAAAGAAUGUAUCAUGACGGUUGUGAUGGAAACAGUUAGUUCCGGUACAAUUCUAUAAAUGCUGACAGAUCAUUUGUUCAAUCGACAUGGUGGGACCUUUUUGUGUCGGUAAAAUGCGCAAAUAUUGAUAUAAUAACCAUCAAUAAGAAGUCAACUUGGAGCCACGCGAUGACAUGUUGUAUGGUCUCCCACUGCGACUCAGGAAAGCAUGCAGUUUAUUAGGCUACAGAUGAAAUAAGUUAAGAUGAACUUCACAGGGUGGUGAAAGUGCAAGGUGAUGAGCUUGAUGCUCCUUUCCAAUAAAUAUCGAGGGUCUUAUUCUGGUGACAUGAUGAUCGAUGCUUAACUGCCACUUAUCCAUAAUAAUGUCAUAAUGUAGACUAGCCAACCCACACAUCCUAUCCACUCUGUAUCUGGGAGCUGUUGGCUAGAGCGCACGUGCCAAGACCAGAGGAGGCACAUUUGCGAUUUAACGCAACAGUUUUUGUGACAAAACUAUCGGUAAAGUUGAAAAUUCGAUGGAAACGCAUUGAACUUUUAGAUUAAUUUUCAGUACAUGAAAACUACGUAAUCAUGGACUGACUUUUAUCCACAACAAGUCAGUUUGGUGGAAUCACACCACUCGUGGGAAAUAUUAUUUUCUUUAUGCGGAUAAAGACGCUCCUCGGAUGUGGCAGGGCUUGAAAACUAUUACAGACUACAAAGGGAAGCACAGGGGUAGGGUAGGUAACAACACAUCUGCCACGCUGAUCCUCAACACGGGGGCCCCUCAGGGGUGCGUGCUCAGUCCCCUCCUGUACUCCCUGUUCACCCAUGACUGCAUGGCCGCACACGACUCCAACACCAUCAUUAAGUUUGCUGACAACACAACAGUGGUAGGCCUGAUCACCAACAACGAUGAGACAGCCUAUAGAGAGGAGGUCAGAGACCUGGCCGUGUGGUGCCAGGAUAACAACCUCUCCCUCAACGUGAUCAAGACAAAGGAGAUGAUUGUGGACUACAGGAAAAAAAAAGAGGACUGAGCACGCCCCCAUUCUCAUCGAAGGGGCUGUAGUGGAACAGGUUGAGAGCUUCAAGUUCCUUGGUGUCCACAUCACCAACGAAUGAUCAUGGUCCAAACACACCAAGACAGCCGUGAAGAGGGCACGACAAAGCCUAUUCCCCUCAGGAGACUGAAAAGAUUUGGCAUGGGUCCUCAGAUCCUCAAAAAGUUAUACAGCUGCACCAUCGAGAGCAUCCUGACUGGUUGCAUCACCGCCUGGUAUGGCAACUGCUUGGCCUCCGACCGCAAGGCACUACAGAGGGUAGUGCGUACGGCCCAGUACAUCACUGAGGCCAAGCUUCCUGCCAUCCAGGACCUCUAUACCAGGCGGUGUCAGAGGAAGGCCCUCAAAAUUGUCAAAGACUCCAGCCACCAUAGUCAUAGACUGUUCUCUCUGCUACCGCACGGCAAGCGGUACUGGAGCGCCAAGUCUAGGUCCAAAAGGCUCCUUAACAGCUUCUACCCCCAAGCCUUAAGACUCCUGAACAGCUAAUCAUGGCUACCCGGACUAUUUGCACUGCCACCCCACCCCAUCCCCCUCUUUUACGUUGCUGCUACUCUGUUUAUUAUUUAUGCAUAGUCACUUUAACUCUACCCACAUGUACAUAUUACCUCAAUUACCUCGACUAGCCGGUGCCCCCGCACAUUGACUCUGCACCGGUACCCCCCAUUGUUUGUUAAGGGCUUGUAAGUAAGCAUUUCACUGUAAUGUCUACACCUGUUGUAUUCGGCGCAUGUGGCAAAUAACAUUUGAUUUGAUUUUAGGAUAUUCGCAUGAAGAUCUGUCGCCAAUUGGAUGGAAACCUAGCUAUUGACUUGGAUGGAAACCUAGCUAUUGACUUGCAAUGCUGUUGGUUAAGGCCCCCAAUGUAAAACCAAGGUCAUUGUCUAGAUUCAUCUCUAGAGCAAUGGAGACCUGUGUACCUUCAAGUGGCCAAUGUGACUGACAGAAAGCGUUCCAUUAUCUAACAGAUAGACACAUGCACACAUACAAACACACACAUAUUCACACACACUCACAUUGAAUCACAAAUCACAGGGAUGUCAUCAACAUGCGACGAUGACUAUCUGUGGUGAGGAAGGGUACAGUAAUAUAUCUUCAGGAGCCAAUCACAGCACUACAGUCACCAGUAUGUCUAUCUGUGUCAGUGUGUAUCUGUGUACUAAUUAUAUGUCACUGAAUGACACACACACACACACACGGGCUGGUCAGGUAGCUUAAUGGUUUAGGAUGCGUUCCAUAGCGAUGGUCAAAAGUAGUGGUCUAUAUAGGGAAUAGGAUGCCAUUUGGGAUUCAGACUUAGCUUUGUUCUGUCACACGCAACCCCAGACAUGUAUCAUUUGAAACCUUCGUGACUGUCUGGAGUUCAAGUUGUUUUCUUACACUGAACCAAAAUAAAUGCAACAUGUAAAGUGUUGGUCCCAUGUUUCAUUAGCAGAAAUUAAAGAUCCCAGAAAUGUUCCAUAUGCACAAAAAGCUUAUUUCUUUCAGAUUUGUUGUACAAAUUUGUUUACAUCUCUGUUAGUGAGCAUUUCUCCUUUGCCAAGAUAAUCCAUCCACCUGACAGGUGUGGCAUAUCAAGAAGCUGAUUAACCAACAUGAUCAUUACACCUUGUGCUGGGGACAAUAAAAUGUGCAGUUUUGAAACACAACACAAUGCCACAGAUGUCUCAAGUUUUGAGGGAGCGUACAAUUGACUUGCUGACUGUAGGAAUGUCCACCAGAGCUGUUGCCAGAGAAUUAAAUGUUAAUUUCUCUACCAUAAGCCGCCUCCAGUGUUGUUUUCGAGAAUUUGGCAGUACGUCCAACCGGCCUCACAACCGCAGACCACAUGUAUGGCGUCAUGUGAGUGAGUGGUUUGCUGAUGUCAACGUUGUGAACAGAGUGCCCCAUGGUGGCAGUGGGGUUAUGGUAUAGGCAGGCAUAACCUACAAACAACGAACACAAUUGCAUUUUAUCGAUGGCAAUUUGAAUGCACAGAGAUACCGUAACGAGAUCCUGAGGCCCAUUGUCGUGCCAUUCAUCCACCGCCACAUCACUUAAGUAUCAUUGUUUCAGUAUCAUAAUGCACGGCCCCAUGUCGCAAUAAUCUGUCCCAGUUCAUCCAUGGCCUGCAUACUCACCAGACAUGUCACCCGUUGAGCAUGUUUGGGAUGCUCUGGAUCAACGUGUACGACAGUGUGUUCCAGUUCCUGCCGAUAUCCAACAACUUCGCACAGCCAUUGAAGAGGAGUGGGACAACAUUCCACAGGCCACAAUCAACAGCCUGAUCAACUCUAUGCGAACGAGAUGUGUCGCGCUGCAUGAGGCAAAUGGUGGUCACACUUUUUAAAAAGUUAUCUGACCAACAGAUGCAUCUCUGUAUUCCCAGUCAUGUGAAAUCCAUAGAUUAGGGCCUAAUUAAUUAUUUUAAUUGACUGAUUUCCUUAUAUGAACUGUAACUCAGUAAAAUCUUUGAAAUGUAGCAUGUUGCAUUUAUAUUUUUGUUGAGUAUACAUUAUACACCAAUAUGUUCUUCGACUGUGUGGGCCGGUUUCUCAGACAGACACAGAUUAAGCGUAGUCCUGGACCCAAAAAAUUUGAAUGCCAGGGAAACCAUCAUUGUGUGCAAGGAAAAUGGAACCAAAUACUUAACUUUUGACUACUUUAAUACACUAUGAGUACAUUUGUCCAAAUACUUAUGACUUCUUCACAUCGGGGGACUAGAUACAUAAAGUGCUUUCAUUUCUAAAUGGUAAAACAGAUAUGUAUGAGAAUACCCUCAAAUAAAAGGUGACUUUCUGUACUGUCGCCUCGUAUGAAACAUUUGUUGGAGUAUAGAGCCAAAUGUACAAUUGUAACUUCACUGUCCAAAUACAUAUGGAGGGGAGGGUAUGUUGAAUAUCAGUGGAAUGUGUCUUGUGAUGUAUGCCUGUAAUGUUACCAAGCAAUAAAGUACUCAUGUCUCUGUUCUGCAGUGUGUGUUGUAUUGUACAGGAUCCUUACUGUAUCAUGUCUCUGUUCUGUAUUAUAUUUACAUCCAGAGUGACUUACAGGAGCAAUUAGGGUAAAGUGCCUUGCUCAAGGGCACAUCGACAGAUUUUUCAGCUAGUCGGCUCAGGGAUUAGAACCAGCGACCUUUUGGUUACGCUCUUAACCACUAAGCUACCUGCCGCCCCAUGACAGGAUCCUUACUGUAUCAUGUCUGUUCUGUUCUGUGGUGUGUGUUGUAUUGUACAGGAUCCUUACUGUAUCAUGUCUCUGUUCUGUGGUGUGUUGUAUUGUACAGGAUGAUCCAGCGCCAGGUCUCUAAGGAGGUAGUGGAUGGAGGGUCGGUGCACGUCUGGCUGGACCUGACCAGUAAGCUCUCACUCCACAGUCUGUUGGCAUGUGACAAUGUGUGAGAGAAUUCACCCUCAGAGAGACUAGAAUAGAAUUAGAAGAGAAUAGAUAAUGGUAGAACAGAAUACAAUACAAUAGAGACGUUGGCUAUGAAAUUGACCACUAGGUGGUAGUGUAACUGUGUGGGUCUUCUGAAUGAUGGAGAUUGGAAAAAGGCAUUUUAAUGAUUUUUAAAAGAUGUUGAUUAAACUUGAGAGGUUUUUAUUACACACAAAGGUUUAUUAAAUUGAUCAAUCAAAUGCGUUUUUCAGUCGAUAAUAGACUUGAUAAUGAUGACAUUGUUUUCACCUUUCACCUAGUGUGUUUUGUCAUCAGAUCAACAGAUCGCCAUGAUGCUUCAGAAGAAACUAGCAGACGCCUUUGAGGUACACCAGAGUUCCCUGUUCUUUCUUUAGUGCAGAUCUACAUGCUCUUUACUUCAAUGUGAAGUUUGCUUUAUUGUUCAUGGCGUCGUCUGGCUUUCAAAAUCUUACUUAUACAGAUGAUAUCUUUAUUUCAUCUAAUUUAAUCCAAUACACACUGACUGUAUGGCAGCAGGGUAUUUCUCCCUCAUCUGGACUGAUCUAAAAAACACCAUGGAUGAAAGUAACAUGGCAAAUCAAUGCCUACUGGGAAUUAGCUUUCAACUGUCUAGUUUUUUUUUUACAUCAGUGCAGAUUAAGGAAAUGUGACAAGGUGAGGAAGUCACCUGUUUAGACUAUUGAGAUGCACCCCAGCUGUUGAAGUAGCUUGUUUAGACUAUUGAGAUGCACCCCAGCUGUUGAUCAAGACUACAUCCAGUAGUGGACUGAAACAGACUGUCUGUUCCCUCCUCAGGAUUUCGUCCAGUAUAAGAUGGGGAACAUGUCUUACCUGGCCUCUUUUCCUGUCAAGGUAUGACAAGAAUAACCCCUUAAAAACCUGUCUGAAUCCCAAAUGGAACCCUAUUCCCAAGGCCCAUAGGGCUCUGGUAAAAAGUAGUGCACUAUGUAGGGAAUAUGGUGCCAUUUGGGAUGCACAGCCUGUGUUGAUAGUAUUCUGCCAUCCACAUCCACUAGCCUCGAUGCUAACCUAGCUUCUUUAUGCUAUAGUGACAUGUUGUCUUGCCAAGACCAUUGAUUCUGAUGAAGGCCAGAGAGUCACACAUAUUCCUUCUAAAAGAAUGUGAUGUAGCCUGCAUUAUUGAAUGUAUAACCAUGGUCCAUUCCAUUGGUCCCUGAUGAAUACACAGAUGCACGGUGCACUGGGGGUAAAAUAUUCAACUCACUAUUUCUCUUUGUCACGUUUCUCUUUCCAGUUUGAGGAGCCCAUCUAUGGCAGCCUGAACUCAGACUUCACCACGUUUGUGACACCAGGAGCCGUUCUGAGGUAGAGAUUCAGUCCACGUCUGAACCUAGUCAGCAUUAUGAGCGAAGCUUGUAAAGAUACUGUAAGGUGUCUUAGCUAGUAUUGGAGCGAGCCUGUAUUCUGCCUACUCAGAUCCGUGAACACCAGAGAUGCUGAAGAUGAGAGAGCAGGCAGCAUGACCUAGAGGAUAGCUGAGAGAACAGGCAUCAUGGUGUGAUCAAUCUGCAUGGAAAGAAUCGUCUUGAGCAGCUAUAGGCAGCAGCGACAGAACCCGGAAGCAAGCCGUCAGAAGAUUAGCGACGACGAACGGGAACGGAGCAGGAUGAGAUUACGAUUCCCGACCGCCGCGACACUAGACAUGUCCCAUGAGACCAGAACUCGCCGGAGUACGUGAAACGUCCAGCCUGCAGACCGCAGCAACCAACGCGGUCGCGACGAGCCAGCUCACCCACCCCGACAACGGCGGUCAGAGACGACAAAAAGAGGCGAGCCACGCAGCAUGCCCGACAGCAAAGGCAUCGCAGACGCGGAAACGCAUCGCUCAGCGAGAUCCGAUGUAGAGAGGAAAGAAAGAUGAGCAGAGGAAAGCAUGCCAAGCAAAGAGAGAGAGACCCACACGUAUGCGUGUCGUCGUAACACCACUCAUGGUAGCUACCUCCCUGACUCUUCUUCUCUCUCUCCCCCUCCCUUCUUCUCUCUCUCUUCCCCUCCCUUUCUUAUCUCUCUCUCUCCCUCCCUUCUCUCUCUACACAGCAUCACUUUCUACCUGGCAGUGGGCUUGACGGCUCUCUCCUUCGUGAUAGAGAGGAAAGAGGGACUAAUGGACAGGUGCUGGGUUGCAGGUAAGAGGUCAAAGUUCAUUAAGUGGAUAGCAAUCUUUGUCCCAAAUGGCACCCUAUACCCUAUUUAGUGUACUACUUUUGACAAGGGCCCAAGUGUCCCCAAUGCCACCCUAUUCUCUAUAUAGCGCACCACUAUGCGCCCUGGUCAAAAGUAGUGCACUAUAUAGGGCAGGGGUAUUCAACUCUUACCCUACGAGGUCCGGAGUACUGCUGGUUUUCUGUUCUACCUGAUAAUGAAUUGCACCCAGCUGGUGUCCCAGGUCUAAAUCAGUCCCCAGUGGAACUGGCUUCAAGGUCCAGAGUUGAGUUUGAAGGAUAUAGGGAAUAGGGUUCCAUUUGAGAUGGAUAUAGGGAAUAGGGUUCCAUUUGUGAGGGAUAUAGGGAAUAGGGUUCCAUUUGUGAGGGAUAUAGGGAAUAGGGUUCCAUUUGAGAUGGAUAUAGGGAAUAGGGUUCCAUUUGAGAUGGAUAUAGGGAAUAGGGUUCCAUUUGUGAUGGAUAUAGGGAAUAGGGUUCCAUUUGUGAGGGAUAUAGGGAAUAGGGUUCCAUUUGAGAUGGAUAUAGGGAAUAGGGUUCCAUUUGUGAGGGAUAUAGGGAAUAGGGUUCCAUUUGAGAUGGAUAUAGGGAAUAGGGUUCCAUUUGAGAUGGAUAUAGGGAAUAGGGUUCCAUUUGUGAUGGAUAUAGGGAAUAGGGUUCCAUUUGAGAUGGAUAUAGGGAAUAUGGUUCCAUUUGAGAUGGAUAUAGGGAAUAGGUAUCCAUUUGUGAUGGAUAUAGGGAAUAGGGUUCCAUUUGAGAUGGAUAUAGGGAAUAGGGUUCCAUUUGUGAUGGAUAUAGGGAAUAGGGUUCCAUUUGUGAUGGAUAUAGGGAGUAGGGUUCCAUUUGUGAUGGAUAUAGGGAAUAGGGUUCCAUUUGAGAUGGAUAUAGGGUUCCAUUUGAGAUGGAUAUAGGGUUCCAUUUGAGAUGGAUAUAGGGAAUAGGGUUCCAUUUGAGAUGGAUAUAGGGAAUAGGGUUCCAUUUGAGAUGGAUAUAGGGAAUAGGGUUCCAUUUGAGAUGGAUAUAGGGAAUAGGGUUCCAUUUGAGAUGGAUAUAGGGAAUAGGGUUCCAUUUGAGAUGGAUAUAGGGAAUAGGGUUCCAUUUGUGAUGGAUAUAGGGAAUAGGGUUCCAUUUGUGAGGGAUAUAGGGAAUAGGGUUCCAUUUGUGAUGGAUAUAGGGAAUAGGGUUCCAUUUGAGAUGGAUAUAGGGAAUAGGGUUCCAUUUGUGAGGGAUAUAGGGAAUAGGGUUCCAUUUGUGAUGGAUAUAGGGAAUAGGGUUCCAUUUGAGAUGGAUAUAGGGAAUAGGGUUCCAUUUGUGAUGGAUAUAGGGAAUAGGGUUCCAUUUGUGAUGGAUAUAGGGAGUAGGGUUCCAUUUGUGAUGGAUAUAGGGAAUAGGGUUCCAUUUGAGAUGGAUAUAGGGUUCCAUUUGAGAUGGAUAUAGGGUUCCAUUUGAGAUGGAUAUAGGGAAUAGGGUUCCAUUUGAGAUGGAUAUAGGGAAUAGGGUUCCAUUUGAGAUGGAUAUAGGGAAUAGGGUUCCAUUUGAGAUGGAUAUAGGGAAUAGGGUUCCAUUUGAGAUGGAUAUAGGGAAUAGGGUUCCAUUUGAGAUUGAUAUAGGGAAUAGGGUUCCAUUUGAGAUGGAUAUAGGGAAUAGGGUUCCAUUUGUGAUGGAUAUAGGGAAUAGGGUUCCAUUUGAGAUGGAUAUAGGGUUACAUUUGUGAGGGAUAUAGGGAAUAAGGUUCCAUUUGUGAGGGAUAUAGGGAAUAGGGUUCCAUUUGUGAGGGAUAUAGGGAAUAGGGUUCCAUUUGUGAGGGAUAUAGGGAAUAGGGUUCCAUUUGAGAUGGAUAUAGGGAAUAGGGUUCCAUUUGAGAUGGAUAUAGGGAAUAGGGUUCCAUUUGUGAUGGAUAUAGGGAAUAGGGUUCCAUUUGUAAGGGAUAUAGGGAAUAGGGUUUCAUUUGUGAGGGAUAUAGGGAAUAGGGUUCCAUUUGUGAGGGAUAUAGGGAAUAGGGUUCCAUUUGAGAUGGAUAUAGGGAAUAGGGUUCCAUUUGAGAUGGAUAUAGGGAAUAGGGUUCCAUUUGAGAUGGAUAUAGGGAAUAGGGUUCCAUUUGUGAUUGAUAUAGGGAAUAGGGUUCCAUUUGUGAGGGAUAUAGGGAAUAGGGUUCCAUUUGUGAGGGAUAUAUGGAAUAGGGUUCCAUUUGAGAUGGAUAUAGGGAAUAGGGUUCCAUUUGAGAUGGAUAUAGGGAAUAGGGUUCCAUUUGUGAUGGAUAUAGGGAAUAGGGUUCCAUUUGAGAUGGAUAUAGGGAAUAGGGUUCCAUUUGAGAUGGAUAUAGGGAAUAGGGUUCCAUUUGAGAUGGAUAUAGGGAAUAGGGUUCCAUUUGUGAUGGAUAUAGGGAAUAGGGUUCCAUUUGAGAUGGAUAUAGGGAAUAGGGUUCCAUUUGAGAUGGAUAUAGGGAAUAGGGUUCCAUUUGAGAUGGAUAUAGGGAAUAGGGUUCCAUUUGAGAUGGAUAUAGGGAAUAGGGUUCCAUUUGUGAUGGAUAUAGGGAAUAGGGUUCCAUUUGUGAUGGAUAUAGGGAAUAGGGUUCCAUUUGAGAUGGAUAUAGGGAAUAGGGUUCCAUUUGUGAUGGAUAUAGGGUUCCAUUUGAGAUGGAUAUAGGGUUCCAUUUGAGAUGGAUAUAGGGAAUAGGGUUCCAUUUGUGAUGGAUAUAGGGUUCCAUUUGAGAUGGAUAUAGGGAAUAGGGUUCCAUUUGUGAGGGAUAUAGGGAAUAAGGUUCCAUUUGUGAGGGAUAUAGGGAAUAGGGUUCCAUUUGUGAGGGAUAUAGGGAAUAGGGUUCCAUUUGUGAGGGAUAUAGGGAAUAGGGUUCCAUUUGUGAGGGAUAUAGGGAAUAGGGUUCCAUUUGUGAGGGAUAUAGGGAAUAGGGUUCCAUUUGUGAGGGAUAUAGGGAAUAGGGUUCCAUUUACAUUUACAUUUUAGUCAUUUAGCAGACGCUCUUAUCCAGAGCGACUUACAGGAGCAAUUAGGGUUAAGUGCCUUGCUCAAGGGCACAUUUACGUCAUUUAGCAGACGCUCUUAUCCAGAGCGACUCACAAAUUGGUGCAUUCACCCUAUAGCCAGUGGGAUAACCACUUUACAAUUUUUUUUUUGGGGGGGGGGGGGUAGAAGGAUUACUUUAUCCUAUCCCAGGUAUUCCUUAAAGAGGUGGGGUUUCAAAUGUCUCCGGAAGGUGGUGAGUGACUCCGCUGUCCUGGCGUCGUGAGGGAGCUUGUUCCACCAUUGGGGUGCCAGAGCAGCGAACAGUUUUGACUGGGCUGAGCGGGAACUAUGCUUCCGCAGAGGAAGGGGAGCCAGCAGGACAGAGGUGGAUGAACGCAAUGCCCUCGUUUGGGUGUAGGGACUGAUCAGAGCCCGAAGGUACAGAGGUGCCGUUCCCCUCACUGCUCCAUAGGCAAGCACCAUGGUCUUGUAACGGAUGCGAGCUUCAACUGGAAGCCAGUGGAGUGUGCGGAGGAGGGGGGUGACGUGAGAGAACUUGGGAAGGUUGAACACCAGACGGGCUGCGGCGUUCUGGAUGAGUUGUAGGGGUUUAAUGGCACAGGCAGGGAGGCCAGCCAACAGCGAGUUGCAGUAAUCAAGACGGGAGAUGACAAGUGCCUGGAUUAGGACCUGUGCCGCUUCCUGUGUAAGGCAGGGUCGUACUCUCCGAAUGUUGUAGAGCAUGAACCUGCAGGAGCGGGUCACCGCCUUGAUGUUAGCGGAGAACGACAGGGUGUUGUCCAGGGUCACGCCAAGGCUCUUCGCACUCUGGGAGGAGGACACAACGGAGUUGUCAACCGUGAUGGCGAGAUCAUGGAACGGGCAGUCCUUCCCCGGGAGGAAGAGCAGCUCCGACUUGCCAGGGUUCAGCUUGAGGUGGUGAUCCGUCAUCCAUACUGAUAUGUCUGCCAGACAUGCAGAGAUGCGAUUCGCCACCUGGUUAUCAGAAGGGGGAAAGGAGAAGAUUAGUUGUGUAUCGUCAGCGUAGCAAUGAUAGGAGAGGCCAUGUGAGGAUAUGACAGAGCCAAGUGACUUGGUGUAUAGGGAGAAAAGGAGAGGGCCUAGAACUGAGCCCUGGGGGACACCAGUGGUGAGAGCACGUGGUGCGGAGACAGCUUCUCGCCACGCCACGCCACUUGGUAGGAGCGACCGGUCAGGUAGGACGCAAUCCAGGAGUGAGCCGCGCCGGAGAUGCCCAGCUCGGAGAGGGUGGAGAGGAGGAUCUGAUGGUUCACAGUAUCAAAGGCAGCAGACAGGUCUAGAAGGACAAGAGCAGAGGAGAGAGAGUUAGCUUUAGCAGUGCGGAGAGCCUCCGUGACACAGAGAAGAGCAGUCUCAGUUGAAUGACCAGUCCUGAAACCUGACUGGUUUGGAUCAAGAAGGUCAUUCUGAGAGAGAUAGCAAGAGAGUUGGCUAAAGACGGCACGCUCAAUAGUUUUGGAAAGAAAAGAAAGAAGGGAUACUGGUCUGUAGUUGUUGACAUCAGUGGGAUCGAGUGUUGGUUUUUUGAGAAGGGGAGCAACUCUCGCUCUCUUGAAGACGGAAGGGACAUGGCCAGCGGUCAAGGAUGAGUUGAUCAGCGAGGUGAGGUAGGGGAGAAGGUCACCGGAGAUGGUCUGGAGAAGAGAGGAGGGGAUGGGGUCAAGCUGGCAGGUUGUUGGGCGGCCUGCAGUCACAAGUCGCAGGAUUUUAUCUGGAGAGAGAGGGGAUUAGGGAAUAGGGUUCCAUUUGUGAUGGAUAUAGGGAAUAGGGUUCCAUUUGAGAUGGAUAUAGGGAAUAGGGUUCCAUUUGAGAUGGAUAUAGGGAAUAGGGUUCCAUUUGAGAUGGAUAUAGGGAAUAGGGUUCCAUUUGAGAUGGAUAUAGGGAAUAGGGUUCCAUUUGUGAUGGAUAUAGGGAAUAUGGUUCCAUUUGUGAUGGAUAUAGGGAAUAGGGUUCCAUUUGAGAUGGAUAUAGGGAAUAGGGUUCCAUUUGUGAUGGAUAUAGGGUUCCAUUUGAGAUGGAUAUAGGGUUCCAUUUGAGAUGGAUAUAGGGAAUAGGGUUCCAUUUGUGAUGGAUAUAGGGUUCCAUUUGAGAUGGAUAUAGGGAAUAGGGUUCCAUCUGUGAGGGAUAUAGGGAAUAAGGUUCAAUUUGUGAGGGAUAUAGGGAAUAGGGUUCCAUUUGUGAGGGAUAUAGGGAAUAGGGUUCCAUUUGUGAGGGAUAUAGGGAAUAGGGUUCCAUUUGUGAGGGAUAUAGGGAAUAGGGUUCCAUUUGUGAGGGAUAUAGGGAAUAGGGUUCCAUUUGUGAGGGAUAUAGGGAAUAGGGUUCCAUUUGUGAUGGAUAUAGGGAAUAGGGUUCCAUUUGAGAUGGAUAUAGGGAAUAGGGUUCCAUUUGAGAUGGAUAUAGGGAAUAGGGUUCCAUUUGAGAUGGAUAUAGGGAAUAGGGUUCCAUUUGAGAUGGAUAUAGGGAAUAGGGUUCCAUUUGUGAUGGAUAUAGGGAAUAGGGUUCCAUUUGUGAUGGAUAUAGGGAAUAGGGUUCCAUUUGUGAUGGAUAUAGGGAAUAGGGUUCCAUUUGAGAUGGAUAUAGGGAAUAGGGUUCCAUUUGUGAUGGAUAUAGGGUUCCAUUUGAGAUGGAUAUAGGGUUCCAUUUGAGAUGGAUAUAGGGAAUAGGGUUCCAUUUGUGAUGGAUAUAGGGUUCCAUUUGAGAUGGAUAUAGGGAAUAGGGUUCCAUUUGUGAGGGAUAUAGGGAAUAAGGUUCCAUUUGUGAGGGAUAAGGGAAUAGGGUUCCAUUUGUGAGGGAUAUAGGGAAUAGGGUUCCAUUUGUGAGGGAUAUAGGGAAUAGGGUUCCAUUUGUGAGGGAUAUAGGGAAUAGGGUUCCAUUUGUGAGGGAUAUAGGGAAUAGGGUUCCAUUUGUGAGGGAUAUAGGGAAUAGGGUUCCAUUUGUGAUGGAUAUAGGGAAUAGGGUUCCAUUUGAGAUUGAUAUAGGGAAUAGGGUUCCAUUUGAGAUGGAUAUAGGGAAUAGGGUUCCAUUUGAGAUGGAUAUAGGGAAUAGGGUUCCAUUUGAGAUGGAUAUAGGGAAUAGGGUUCCAUUUGUGAUGGAUAUAGGGAAUAGGGUUCCAUUUGUGAUGGAUAUAGGGAAUAGGGUUCCAUUUGUGAUGGAUAUAGGGAAUAGGGUUCCAUUUGUGAUGGAUAUAGGGUUCCAUUUGAGAUGGAUAUAGGGUUCCAUUUGAGAUGGAUAUAGGGAAUAGGGUUCCAUUUGUGAUGGAUAUAGGGUUCCAUUUGAGAUGGAUAUAGGGAAUAGGGUUCCAUUUGUGAGGGAUAUAGGGAAUAAGGUUCCAUUUGUGAGGGAUAUGGGGAAUAGGGUUCCAUUUGUGAGGGAUAUAGGGAAUAGGGUUCCAUUUGUGAGGGAUAUAGGGAAUAGGGUUCCAUUUGUGAGGGAUAUAGGGAAUAGGGUUCCAUUUGUGAGGGAUAUAGGGAAUAGGGUUCAAUUUGUGAGGGAUAUAGGGAAUAGGGUUCAAUUUGUGAGGGAUAUAGGGAAUAGGGUUCCAUUUGAGAUGCUUUGACAGUUUCUGGUCAUUAUCGAUGUACUGACCAGUACAGACCACUAGUGGGAGUUGUUGGCUCAUCAUGAGCAGGAGAUCUGGUUAAAUCCCCAUGGGCCAGUUUUUCAGAAAUAUAUAUUUUUUUAUUCUCCCCACCUUUACUCUUCCUUUUCUCCUGUCCCACUAUUCUCUCCCUACUCCCUCUUUCUCCUGUCUCUGUCUCUGUCUCUGUCUCUGUCUCUGUCUCUGUCUCCGUCUCUGUCUCUCUCUCUCUCCAGGUGUUAGUUCGUUGGAGACCGUGCUGGCCCAUCUCAUCUCCCAGCUGUUUGUCAUCAGCAUCCAGGUCAUUCUACUACUGCUCUUAAUGCUGCUCGUCUUCAAGGUAACACACACACACACACACACAGACACACACAGACACACACACACAGACACACACACACACACACACACGUACACACACACACACACACACACACACACAGACACACACAGACACACACACACAGACACACACAGACACACACACACACACACAGACACACACACACACACACACACGUACACACAUACAAACACACACACGUUGACACCAUCCGUCUUCAUCAGCAAGGCUUAUCAUGACUCCUGAAUGAUUGAAGGUCCCUGCCUCGUGUUCCCAUCCCUGUUCCACUGGUGUGGUGUUCACACACUGAGCAGCAAGGUGUGACUGUGGAGAUGUAUAUUCUGGAGUGUUAAGUAAUAUGGGUGAUAGUCUGUAUGUCAGGGUUCGCCUGUAUAGCUUGAAAGCAACUAUUAUUUUUUUUAUGCGAGCUGCAUAAUUUUUUAUAGCUUUCAAAUAGACAUUAUUUUCUCCUCUGCCCUGGAAUAAAAUAAUAAUAAUUACCAUAAACCUCAAUAUAAUAUGGCAGCGGAAUUACAUUAGAAACUUUUCUUCAACAAUGUGUUAGAAAAAUGAAAGUAAAAGUAUGUGAAAGAUAUACAAUCGUUUUUGAACCCAGGUCUGGAUAGGUCAACCUGAGGACAAUGGAUGAAUAUAAACUUUAGACUCAAUUGAUUGUCAAUAGGAACGUGGAUGGAACUGUUGUUGGUGGGUGGCAUUUAGCCUUAACUGCUUAGGAUGGUGUGUGUGUGUGUGUGUGUGUGUGUGUGUGUGUGUGUGUGUUUUUAAUGACUGUGACAGUCCAAAGAGGUGACUGGAGUAUAAAUCUCUUCCUCUGCCUCUACCUGAGUCCAUCGUAUCUAAGGAUCACUACGGAAUAGCCACGACAACAGCCUUUGAUUGCUGUGGCAUCCGAGCGUCCAUGUGCCCUCUCCAUGCAGUCUAUUUCUACACGUUGUCAGUGGAGCCAGAUAGAUAGACGGACACCCACCCCCAGGUCUCUGUACUAUGACAAUAGAAAGACUCAGGACCUUAUGCAACACACACUAUAUCAUUGUAUAACAUGACAUGCUCUUUCACCUUUACUUCCUAUUUUUUACCAUCCCUCCUUUUCUGUCUUUCUUUCUCUCACUUUUUACUGUCUUUCUCCUCCCACAUAUUCUCUCUCUCUCCCCUCUCCCUCCCCUUCCACCUCUCCCUCCCUCCUCUUCCGCCUCCCUCCCUCACCUCUCCUCCCUUCCCUUCCACCUCUCCCUCCCUCCCUCCUCCUCCUCCUCCUCCUCCUCCUCCCUCCUCCUCCCCUCCUCCCUCCCUCCCCGUCCCUCCCUCCCUCCCUCCCUCCCUCCCUCCUCUCCUCCACCUCUCCCUCCCUCCCUCCUCCUCCCUCCCUCCCUCCCUCCUCCCUCCCCCUCCCUCCCUCCUCUCCUCCACCUCUCCCUCCCUUCCUCCCUCCCUCCACUCCUCCACCUCUCCCUCUUCCACCUCCCCUCUCCCUCCCUCCUCCUCCUCCUCCCUCCCCUCUCCUCCACCUCUCCCUCCCUCCUCCACCUCUCCCUCCCUCCUCCACCUCGCCCUCCCUCCUCCACCUCUCUCCAGAUUCCUAACGAGGGGAACCUGGUGUUGGUGAUUGCUCUGAUCGUGCUGCAGGGUGUAACAGGCAUUUCCUUUGGUCUGGUCAUCUCAUCCUCUAUCGAUGAUGAACAGAACGCCAACCAGGCUGCCCUGGGUAUCUUCUACCCCAAUCUCAUCGUCAGUGGUACGUCACACACGCUAGCACGCACACACACCAAACCUGGGUUCAAAUACAUGUGUAUUUGUUAUUUAAAAACGUAUUUUCUGUGUAUUUAAUCAUGUUGCCUAAAUCAAUUUCUAUUGACAGUAUUUUAAAGUAUUUUCAAAUGAUUUCCUAUUAAUAGCCUACUAUUUGGAAGUUCUUUCAUACUUUUUUCAAAUACUAUUUUCAAAUGCCUCGGUUGAAUGCCUCAGUUAAAUGCCUCUGUUAAAUGCCUCGGUUAAAUGCCUCGGUUAAAUGCCUCUGUUAAAUGCCUCGGUUAAAUGCCUCGGUUAAAUGCCUCGGUUAAAUGCCUCGGUUAAAUGCCUCGGUUAAAUGCCUCAGUUAAAUGCCUCUGUUAAAUGCCUCGGUUAAAUGCCUCGGUUAAAUGCCUCGGUUAAAUGCCUCGGUUAAAUGCACGGGAGUGUUUGAGUAUUUUCAGCUACUUGUCUUUUCAAAUAAAAAAUAUGUAAAUACUUCUAAAUGUCUUAAAGUAAUUAAAAUACCCUAAAUAGUAUUUGAACCCAGGUCUUACACACACAAGGACACACGCUAGCAUGCACACACACACACACACACAUACACACACACACACACACACAUACACAAACCUCAGUGGUCUUUUUGGGGGGGUUGGUCACUAUGUCAAUAUACAAUAUUAUCUCUUGCAUGUUUUCACAAUGAAGUGUAAAUACAUUUUAUUCAGUUCAGUUAAAUUCCAGUUCAGUUCUUACAACUCAUUCUCUAAGACUCUCUCUCUUUCUCUAAGACUCUCUUUCUCUAAGACUCUCUCUUUCUCUAAGACUCUUUCUCUAAGACUCUCUCUCUUUCUCUAAGACGCUCUCUCUUUCUCUAAGACUCUCUCUUUCUCUAAGACUCUCUUUCUCUAAGACUCUCUCUUUCUCUAAGACACUCUCUUUCUCUAAGACUCUCUUUCUCUAAGACGCUCUCUCUUUCUCUAAGACUUUCUCUUUCUCUAACUCUCUCUUUCUCUAAGACUCUAUCUUUCUCUAAGACUCUCUCUCUUUUUCUUAGACUCUUUUUCUCUCUCUCUCUUUCUCUAAGAUGCUCUCUCUUUCUCUAAGACUCUCUCUUUAAGACUCUCUCUUUCUCUAAGACGCUCUCUCUUUCUCUAAGACGCUCUCUCUUUCUCUAAGACUCUCUUUCUCUAAGACGCUCUCUCUUUCACUAAGACUCUCUCUUUCUCUAAGACUCUCUUUCUCUAAGACUCUCUUUCUCUAAGACACUCUGUUUCCUCCUCUCCCUACAGGUAUAAUCUGGCCUGUGGAGUGCAUUCCCUAUCCACUACGUUACAUCAGUCUGGCCCUGCCCCAGACCUACGCUUCUGAAGCCCUACGAUGCAUCAUGUACAGAGGUAACACACACUCACACAACACACACACACGUUAUCCAAUAGCAAUUAGUUACACAACACUGUACAUUGAAGCUUAUAUCCUGUCUGCACCGAGUUGUGACAUCAGGCCCUAUGUGUCUCCCUAAACACACACACACACACACACACACACACACACACACACACACACACACACACACACGUGUUACUUGAUACUUUAGACACCUGAUUCGUCCGGGAUCAGCAGCGAAGUGUUCUAAAUGAUUCACAAUGCCAGUAGUCACACACACACAGACACACGUGACUUAGUCAUGGGCUUCCAGUGGAGGAGCGCGAUCCUGCUCUCUCUGUCUGUCUCUGUCUGUCUGUCUCUGUCUGUCUCUGUCUGUCUCUGUCUCCUCUUUCCACCACAGUAGGGCCUGAGCCUCCAUGUCAAACUGAUACACACACUCUCUCUCUCUCUCUCUCUCUCGCUCUCUCUCUCUCUCUCUCUCUCUCUCUCUCUCUCUCUCUCUCCUCUCUCUCCUCUCUCUCUCUCUCUCUCUCUCUCUCUCCUUCUUCUCUCCCUCUCUCUCUCUUCUCUCUCUUCUCUCUCUCCUCUCUCUCUCUCUCUCUCUCUCUCUCUCUCUCUCCUCUCUCUCUCUCUCUCUCUCUCUCUCUCUCUCUCGUCUCUCCCUCAGGCUGGGGUCUCUCCAGGAUGAUGGUGUGGCGAGGCUUCGCUGUCACCCUGGGCUGGAACACUUUCUUCCUCAUCCUGGCCACCGUCAUCCUCAAGCUGAGGACCUGAGACGUCUACCCAGGGAACAUGCCUCGAACGGUGGGAGAGCUACCAGGCGAGGCCCAGGCCCCUUCCUAGUCUCUGGAUGUCUGUGUCGGGGGACACUGUGCUUUAAGGGAGAAAGUGCUGGUAUACCAGAGUUCCUCUCGCAGACAGACACCCACACACACACCCUCCUCUCCCCUCCUGCUUGCCAACUCAAAGUGGCUAACCCUGAGAACCAGAGUCUAUGGGUGAAGGACUACUAGGUGGGGCGAAUCAUUCCAAAUCUUGCAGGUAGAAAUCUACUUUAUAGAAAGGAUAGCGUUCGCUAUUCCAUUAGAGAGUUGUCUGCUCUUUUAUGUUGUCGUAUUUCGAGCUGCAAUGCUUUGAAUGUUUCAACCGCCUGAAUAUGCCCUGCAGCAAUGUUUCUCAACCCAGUUGUUUAACAUAUCCUAUUUUAUUACAUACAGCCCAGCUAGCACAUUUGGUUCCUU